AUGCGGGUUCACCCUAUAAAGUGGAAAACGUGGCCAUGUCUACGAGUGGAACUCCAAGGCACUAAAGGUUUGAUCAACUUUUAAUUUAGCUAGUACCAAUUUUCCCGCGGCGAGUGGAUGGUCGUUGGAUCUUUCUCACCUUAUUGUGGGAGACGAUCUACUUACUCUCUUGAACUUCUUGCGUCGCAACUACCUGAUUAACAAUGCCGAACAAAGUAGGAACCAUUUGCAGUCUAAAGCUCGUUACGCCAAUCUCUUCUAAGCUAGCAGGCGCAUGAAUGUAAUAUGUAAUCUCGUACCCAGAUCUCCGACGGCCAGAGUGUGAUUGAGCAAUAUGCACAAAAAAGGACGGUGCGUGCGAGGGCAUGCGUGUCUCCAUUAUCCUUUCUUGGCAACGCGCCUGUUAGUCUGACAGCCGAACUCUGCUUAAGAUCUCACAACGCGUUUUUUAAUCAACAAAGAGUGAGACUCUGAACGUUUGUUAAAUGAAGUAUUAGUGUGUUACUUAUUCUAUUGCUAAAGUGUUGUGAUAUGGUGUAAUCUAAAAACUCAAAGUGUGUGGAUUCAUGCUGCUAGUUUUUACUGACUUUUGUAAUUCUGCAUUUAGUCUGUUCAGAUCCCCUGGGUUUGGAAAAUAUGAAGAUACCUAACUCAGCCUUCACAUAUUCAUCAAGUUACUCUAGCACUCAAGGUUAUUAUGCCCGAUUAAACAGCAGAGGUUGGAAUCCCACAGCCACAGACGAACUCGCUACUUUGAAAAUUGGAUUCCAGCCUGAGAAAAGGAAGAUAACCGCGAUAGCAUUACAGUCAGGAGGAGGGUAUGUCUCCACUUAUGAAUUAUACUACAGCCCCGAUGGUUUGUCCGUGGAACCUUGGAUAGACAACGCACUUGCAAAGGUACGUUUAGGCACGCCCUUAAAUAAGGGUAAUUUAUUUAACAGAUAGGUUCCUUGUGUCUGUUGGAUUAAUGAUAACAAAUGACGUCAAUAUUGGUUGGGAAAUUUUUUUUUGGCCCAGGUCUGAUAUUUUAUAUAAAACUGUACAGAUACAUGACGAAAUGGAAUUGAUUUAUACAGGAAUUGUAUGUAGAGAGGUUGUUAAAGAGAGUGAUUGAGGGUGAAAAUUACAGUGAAUAUCGCAGGUGAAUGAGCAAGGAAUGUGAACUUUAAUUUUUAACUUCUGAAAGAGCCUCUUAUCUAAGCUGGCAACUUCUUCACCCAUUAUUCAGCUUCCCCACCUUCCCACAUUGCCAGCCUCCUCACCCAUCCACCCUCCUAACCAUCCUCCUUACCCACCUCCCCACAUUGCCAACCUCCUCACCCACCCCACCUCCUAACCAUCCUCCUUACCCACCUCCCCACAUUGCCAGUCUCCUCACCCAUCCCCACCUCCUAACCAUCCUUCUUACCUACCAGGUCCCGGUUGUUCAAACUUUGGAUAGCGCUAUUCAGCGGAUAGCGUAAUUGAUUUCCGUAAUACCAGCCCGCUGGAUAGUGAUUUAUCCGGUGUAUAGCGCUAUCCAACGUUUGAACAACCGGGGCUUGCUUGUUACUAACAGUAGCGUUAGAGUGGUUUAAACUAAGAAUCGUGCUUCUACUGCUCAGAAUUAAACAGAACGGUAUUAGAAAUACCUCAAAAACUAAACUGAUUAAAAGCAUUAUUCAACAUCAGAAAAAAAACUUGUGUGUGGGCCGUGGGAUAAGCAGUAGUGGUAAUUGUAGAUCCAAAGAACCCUGGCCCUAGCCCUAUCCAUUUCACUACCUCGAGCUUGCAUAUUUUGGGGUAAAUAAAGUGAAUUUAGAGGUAAAAAUUCCUUUUCAUACGCUUUAUUUUAGGUUUUUUCAGGACUCACAAAUUACAACAGUAUUAACAGAGUGUUCCUACCGUACUCUGUAGAGGCCAGCUUCCUGGUUUUUCGUCCAAGUGUCUAUUUCGGCAGUAGAGUUUCUCGUCUUGAACUAUACGGAUGCACAGGUUUGAUCAUCUCUUAUUCGCUACCCAUUCUGUUUGACCACAGGUUGACCUGGCUCAUUGUACAGAAUACUUGGUGGAAAAUAUCUCGUUGUUUUCAAUUAUGACUCCUUAAAAGCUGUAUGCUAACGUUUUUUUAGCUAUUAAUUCCACGCUUUAUCCCCCAGAACGUACACCUUCGUUGCGGUUUUGUAAUUUUUUUCAUUUUUUAAUAACCCCGGGAUAAUCUACCUAACUGUGUCUCAGUGGUGGUUGUCUCACUUGGUGGCCAAUUCUAGGGUUUUUUUUUUUGCCUUGGCUUAAUCAUCUUAGUCGCUGGAGCAAGCUUCACGUAUUUUCAAAUUGUUCCCUUACUAUUAAGAUCUUACUAGAUCUCAUGAGACGUUAUAUCCGUCUUCUCCUAGCAAUACUUUGCUUGCUGAUUCAUUUGCUGACUUUUCCACUGCCAAAGUUGAAAAGAUUCACACUGCGCUUGUAGCAAGAAACAGAGAUCUAUUGCCAGCUGAUGAAGAUGAAUUACCUGCAAACGCUGCUGAAUUAAAUAACUAAAUGAGUUCAGUCAAGAGGAUGUCAAGAAAUUUGCUUAUAAGCCUCUAAGCAAGUCCUGUUGUCUUGAUCCUCUGCCUUCAUCAGUUCUUAAGGGCUGCUUCCCUGUACUCCUACCUACUGUCAACAGAAUUGUUAAUUUGUCAUUAAAAACAUAUUGGCGUAAUGCGUGAUGCCCUAAAGUUUGCUUCGCUUUCACCCACAUUAAAGAAACCAACCGCUGACUUCAAGCAGUUAACAAACUUUUGGACAGUUUCAAAUUUAAAGUUUAUUUCUGAGCUGGUUGAAAAGUCUGCUGCACUCCAACUGACGAAACAUGUUAUGACUGGCCACCUUGAUGAGACGUUUCAGUCAGCGUACAAAGAAUUUAACUCCACUGAAUCAGCACUACUUAGAGUGCAAAAUGACAUCUUGUGUUCUCUGGAAAAAAAGUUGGUCAUAUUGCUUUUAUUAGACCUUUCUGCAGCAUUUAACACGGUGGAUCAUGAAAUACUGAUAUCUCGACUCUCGAACCAUUUUGGAGUGAAGGGAAUUGCAUUGACAGGGUUUAAGUCUUUCUUAACCUCCCGCAAACAGUUUGUUAAGGUAGAGGAGGACAUGUAAUCAAAGCGACCGUUGCUGCGUGGGGUGCCUCAAGGAUCGGUACUGGGCCCACUGAUGUACCUCGUCUACACUGCGCCGAAUGCUGAUAAUACAUCUUGUACAUGUAUUAAUAUUUUCAAGCUUUGUAAUUAAUUUACCUCGGUGUGUUUUUAGCUUUUAGUUUUACGUUAGCAUAGUUAUGGUAAAGCCCUAUGAAGCCCUAUAUAAGUUAUUAUUAUUAUUAUUACUAACCAUACAUUGAUUUUUUUUCGCAGUUAGUAAAACGUAUAAUACAGUGGGGGUUAAAAGUCAUCGCAAGAUCGCCAAUUCAUCAUUCACUGCAUCAAGCUGGAAGCCGGGCUACUACCCUUAUGCAGCUAGGCUAGAAAUGUCUGUCGCAAAUGGGUCAUGGUGUGCUGCAAGACACGAAGUUGGAGAAUAUUUAGAAAUAGAUCUUGGGAGACAGCUUUUUGUAGCAAAAAUAGCCGUCCAAGGCGACUCGAUCCAGUCGUAUGGUGUGACCUCGUUUAGCAUUUCGUAUUCAAAGUAUGGCGCUCAAUGGGAAAACUACAUGAUUCACGGGGAUGUUCAGGUGAGAGCCAAGAACUAUGAAGAAAAAUUCUCUGUUAAGGACCCUUUAAAGAACUGUGAAAGGUUUGAUCCCAGGAGACAUUUCAUAAUUAGGUUGAGGAUGAUCGUCCUGUUGAGCGCAGUCCUGGAUAGGAGUGUUGAUAGCAGUGACUGACGUUUUGACAAACUGUGCGGUAGUCAUCUUUGACUCUGAAGAUGACCACCGCCCAGGUUGUCGAAACGUCAAUCAUUGUCAACAACAGUCCUAUUCAGGACUACGUUAACCCGACGAUCAUACUCAACCUAUUUACGUUAAAGAACUGUCUAUCUGUUCAUUCGGUGCCCAAGAUGAUGUCAAAUUAUAUAUUUUAACUUUUCAGUCUUAAAUUCCUGAGUAUUUAUGUAAAUCUUUUAAAUCCUAAAUUUAUUAAGAUCUAAGAUUUAAUUAAGAUUUAAGAUUUAAUUUAAGAUUUAAGAUUUAAGAUUUAAGAUUUUAGAUUUUAGAUUUUAGAUUUAAGAUUUAAAAUUUAAUUUAAAAUUUAAUUUAAAAUUUAACAUUUAAUUUAAGAAUUAAAAUUCUUAAAAUCCCGAAUUUUCAUUUAACUUUUUAUAUCUUACAUUUCAAACUCUUAAUUUAAUUUUUGAAAUUUCAUGUAUAUGUUUAGCUUUCCCAUCUUUUAUUUAAAUCUUAGAUAAGAAUGUUUUAUCUUAGACUAGUAAACACGACAUCUCAUGCGGCUUUACUGCUUUUAAUACUGAUCGAUUUUAACUAAAGGAUAUUCAUUUAUUCAUUCAUUCAUUCAUUCGUACUAGGCUCAGCAAGAACACGAUAUAAUUAACCAUCAUUAGCCAAUCUAGGUUGUAAGAUUCCAGAUUUUUCAAAGGCAAGGCGAAGGAUCAAACGGCAAAGAAGAGAGAAAAUUAAACCUGUUACCGAAGCGAAGAGAGAAGACAGAAGUGAAGCCGUCUACAUAAAUUAUUUAUUUUCUAUACUUGUUCCUAUAUUACCGCCCGAUUCAUCGCAACCGAUCGAGAGAAUCCGUUUGAUUAUAUGGAAACCAGGUGUUUACUUAAAAAAAGCACUUUAUUUGAGUGUCAAGGUAUUUAGCCGAAAGUACUAAUUGCGGGACACUAUUUUGACGUCUCCUACUGUAGUCGAGACUGCCAUUUUACGUGAUCAUCCGAGCCACGCUAAGGUCUAACCGCUUGCAGUGCAAAGGGAGUACCCUCAUUUCUCAGUUAUUUUAAGACCCUGAGUAUUGGUCCGACCCCGUGAAUCGAUCCCACGACCUUCCGCUCUGCACUCAUGAUAAGCGCUCUGCCGACUGAGCUUAUCCUACCACUGACGAAUGCUUCGCUUUGACGAUUAGUUACUUACAAGGUCAUAAAUGCUACUUUCGUUACUCAUAUAUAAGUCAUAAGUGUUUCUCUGCACACAGUAAGAAAGCUAUUCGAUCUCCUUAUUCCCGUAUUUUCAUUUACAUUUCAGAGUUUCUCUGGGUCAAAUAACAGCAAAGUCUCUUGGAAUGUUCUAACAAGUCCUUUCUUGGCUAGGAAGGUCAGGCUUAUUGUCCUUGGUUGGAAAACCUACCCUUGUAUGAGGAUAGAAAUGUUCUCCAAAGGUCAGUUUUAAAUCUAAGAUGCGAACCGUAUUGAAAAGCUUUCAAGAGAGUUGCACACUGAGAGCCAGGCUGUUUACAAUGACCAUUUAGGGCUCUUCCUCACGUAUCCGUUUUUUUUUGAAAACGGAUAUAUUUUUUCUCCGCUUUGGUGUACCGUCCAUAGGUAUUCGGUGAAAUCGGUCCCCAACAACACAUCUUUUCAAAAACGGGGGGGGGGUGGCUAUACAAUGUAUAUAUUUCUGCCAUGUAACGGUUUUUCAACGGAAUAGUUCAGUGUAUGUUUGAAAGGUGUACCUGAUGGCCGAAUAAACGGGAUGGCCAGAACGAAAGAACUAAGAAGACUAACUACGAGCUCGUAUCUCAUGCCAAUACUUCAUUAAGUUAAGAAAAUUAGCCUUCUUUAUAAAAAGGAAACAUAAGCAGCGUCUGUGAGAUGUAUAGUCAGUCAUUUAAGGACUAAAGGAUUUAAAAAUUGUUAAUCCUCUGCUGAUCUUGCACUCCAGCCGUCGCCAAAAACUUCAUGCCAGUGGCUGUUCUAUUAAAUUUCGGAAAAAGAAAAGAAAAAGUGUUCCUUGAAUUCUCUAAUUCUUUUGCCAUACGUAUAAAUUAGGAAAAGAAUCAUUCACAUCGCCCCUACCAUAAUAAGAGUAAAAAAAAAGGAAGAAAGGAUUGAAAGAAAGAAAGACAUAAAGAAGAAAUUUUACUGCAUGCUAUUUUGUAGACUGUGAAGAAAGUCUAGACGUCAGCCUCAGUGAAGCCAAGAUGGGUGGUUACACUGCAUCUAGCUUUCUGGGCCCUAUGUUUGAGCCAUGGCGAGCAAGUCUUCUUAAUUCAAGUAAACAACACGGAUGGUGCGCUGAUGAAAGUUCAACGCAGUUUCUGCAAGUUGAUUUGCUAGCUCUUCAUAAGAUUACAGGAGUGUCAACAAGAGGUAUUCGGGCAGGUAUCGUGGCUAGUGACUCUUGGGUAGAGGACUACAGAAUUCAAUACAGUGAAUUUGGAGAUGUUUGGAUUGAUCACAAGGAGCAAAACGUUACCAGUGUAUGUUGAGGGGAAAAGAAAUGUCUCCUUUGUUUUGCCUUACCUCGGAGCUUUAAGGAGCAUUGUUUUCUUGACAGCAAUGUCAUAUAUCAUUCUCCUGAGCCGCCUCAAGUUUUACAACGUGAUUUUUAGAGAAAUAGGUCUCUCGAUGUAGCCUGAAGAAUUCUCUUCCGCCCUUAGUCAUAUCCAGUAAUAUAUUUAAUCGUAGAGCGCUCAAAUUGUUUUCGACUUGUCGGUGCGGCCCUUAUUUCAAAAUUGCCAAAAUUGCAAUUUUCUAAGUAUUCUAAUUUUUUUCUCGUAAAAAAAGCAAAGUUAGUUUUGGUGGUCACAAGUCACUCUCCAGAUCCAAGUAAAUGACAAUAACAAGAGCAACAAUGUCAGCAUAUUAACCUGUCGAAAAACAACAAGUGCUGCAAUUACAAGGUUACGUUGCUCAGUCUUGGGCAGUACUUUUUAAAUUUAAUAAUAGUCAUACGCAAAAAAGAAGGUCCCUGAUCGCUAGAAUUAGUUUACAAGCCGCUGAUUACGUCAAGCCCUUCUUCCCCUUUUUAUUAUUUUAUUUUUGUUAAGAAAAAAAAAUAGUAUCAUUUCAACAGUCCAAUAGUCAGUUCGCCACUUAGAAACGAGAAGGGAACUGAAGCCAAAUUUUGUCCCACAGUUGUUUCUGUGAUUGUUGCUUGGGACUUGCCAGUCAGCUAUUUAGAGUGGUUGUCCAUUCCCCCCACCUCCCCCUCCCCGCCCUUCUCUGUCCCUGGUAACAGUCUUUACCACAGUUUACUAGGCGCAGUCUCCUUCUCGUUUUUAAAUGGCGAGUGCAAACCGUUUCUGACAUUAAAUCACCGGUAAAGGAAAGGGACACCAUUUUCCGUUCAUUCAAGUUUUUAUAUCCUGCGUACGCCUUCAUGAGUACUAAACUGAAGGAUAAAAUCAUAGGAGGCUUAUUGGAAAUUUGCAGUAUGUAUUUACCCGAGCCAUUUGAUGUACAUGUAAGUGUUUUGUAGCUUAUGAUGGUUUCUGUUUUACCUGAUUGUAAAAUGUUCAAGAAAAGGGACGCAUUAUGGAGGUCUAGCUCUUAUACCACGCCACUAGCUACGUUGAAAAUUAUAUCCCUGAAAGAUUUGGCGAAAAUGCCAAUAAAAUGUAUAAAUUUGGUAACUGAAUAUUUUUCAUUCUCUAUAUUUCAAGGCCUAUGAAGCAAAUAGGGAUUCUUUAUUUCUCAAGACACAAAAUACCAGUUUUUACGCAAGGUUUGUUCGGAUCAUUCCUACUAAGUGGCACGACGCCAUCUGCAUGAAGGCCCAGCUCAAAGGAUGUCCAGGUUUGCACUUUUUGAGUUACAGUAUUCACGGCAAAAAGUACAGCUGAGCCUCAAUGAUACUCUUUAUAUAAUAUCUCGGAAAAUGGCCGAGCCGCGCCUUAUUGAUACCCCUAAUUUCAUGUGUAAGGGUACUCUUUUCAGCCCAAUUGAAUUUUUGAGUUAAAGUAUUAAUUAUUAUUACACGCGGUCACUUGUAUAGUGUGUUACGAUUCGUACGAUCCGUUUGCUUGAUUGAUACAGAUCGUAAAUUCCUCGUUAUGUAAGACAUAAAGCAAAACAAGGAGGCUCCAAAAGUAAUAUUCCUCGUUCUACAAGACAUAAGCCAAAGAGCGCUGUUAAUGUAAUAUUCGUCGCUCUAUGAGCCAAAAACCAAUAUUCCUCGUUCUAUUGUUUUUCUAGUUUGCUCUGCACCCUUGGGAUUAGAAGACGGCCAAAUUAAGGACAGUCAAAUUAGAAGAUCAACUGCAAACCAUAUUAGUAUGUCCAAUGCUAGGCUCAAUAAUAAGUAUGCCUUCGUCAGCGGUGUUGCUUCGCAACCAUUUGUUCAAGUCGACCUUGGACCAGCGCGAAAGCAGGUCACUGCCGUUGCCGUACAGGGAAGACAUCGUGGGCGUGUUCCAUGGACGUUUUAUGUCAAGCACAUGAGAGAUUUGCCCCAAUGGUCUAAUUACGCUGAAAACGGGGUUGUACGGGUACGUUAUUUCCUUAAAACAAAAAAAAAACCAUUUGAGGCUAACGAGCCACUCUGAAUAGACCAAUCGUCCACUUUUUGUCGCAUUAAUUAAGAAUGGUGCUUUCGACAUGGUCGUUUGCUAUUUUACGGUCUUGCGUGCAGUGAGCGUCAGAGUUCCAGGACCACAAAUUACCUAAAUAACACAAAUGAUCAUUGACCGCAAGCAGGUAGCGCGAAGUGCAAAUUACUUGUUUUCAUUUGCGUUACUGUAGAUUUUUUAAUUAAUAAUGAUUUUUCAAUGAAAGACGGAGUUGUUUGGUUUUUCCAUGCACUUAUGGUUUUUGCUUCUCUUACUAGGUGUUUCAAGGACCAGAAGACUUGAACUUUGCAUCCAAACAUUAUUUCAAACAAAACUUCACCACUCGCUACAUCCGUGUUAUACCGCUAACCUGGGGCUAUGAAGCAAGCAUCAGAAUUGAACUGUAUGGAUGCUCAGGUAUGUCGGUCGUAGAAACAAGUUAACUUUCAGAAAAGAAACUUUAGAACGCGUGAUGAAAUAAUAUAGAUUAAUAUAUUGCUAUAGAUGCAAAAAUAUUUUAAGAUAUUUAAUAUAAGCCAGUUGUUGGAAAGGUUACCCUGCGUGUCAGGCGCAAAAAGGGAAGAGGGAGGGGAGGGAAAAAAAGCAAAAGGUAAAAGGGAGAGGGAGCGCCGUCCCUUUUGCUCUCUCCCCAAUCCCCUUUCCUUUUCCUCGAUCCUCACCUUUCCAUUUUGACGCCUACUACGCAGGGUAGAGAAAGUUGUCAAAUGCCUCAUCCCGGGAAGGCAGUCGAUGCCAAAUGCCCCGCGUUCAUUGUUACUAGAAUCUAUUUUCUUUUUACCUAUAACAUACGGUAUGUACACGUUUUUGUUGUAUACAUCUAAAUGGAUUCACCUUAAUUAUAUUAGUGAGUAAAAUAAACCGUGAUCAUUGUGUAAGUACUAAUAUUUCGUGGUAUGUCUUUGCUUUUCAUCUCUAGUCUGUGAAGAUCCUGUUGGAAUAGAAAGAGGUCUCUAUAAUAUAACAGCCUCCUCCUACAAAGGAACUGGAAACGAACCUUGGCGGGGACGACUUAAUAGCCAAGGUAUCUGGCGUCCCAAGACUAACUAUGGAUGGGAAUUUCUCCAAGUUAGUUUUGGUCACCUGAUGGACAUCACAGGGGUCGCUACCCAAGGUGAAACAGCAGCCUGCGGGAGAGUCCGGAUAUUUUUUCUGCAUUACAGCCUCGACUCCCUGCGCUAUGAUCAGUACUUUGAUCCUUUCUCUGGAAAUGUGAGUGCUUAGGGUAAAGUAUAUAAUCAUACUAGUUGAAGCUGUUGCCAAAAAUUUCAGCGAAACAGGCUUGACAAAUGCUAUUUUUCGGCGACAUCACAACAUAAGCUGUAUGUGCUCAUAUUUAUUCAAGUGGAGUGGUUAUGAAACUCGUUAGACUCCUUUGUUACAUGUUUUCGUUAGCAUCGUUUGGACCUGACUGUGCACAAUUUCAAUAGCAUUCCUAUCAAUUUGAACUUAUUGACCAAUAGAAAUAUCGCACUUAUUUAUUCAGUUACAAUUUGUGAACAAAGAACAAAGGAUUUUGCACAGCCGGUGAGCUAUUCACAAGAACUGCGGCACCGUUGUUUUCAACUUUGAUGUUUGCCGGCUUUCAUACCUAGCUUUGAUGUAAUUUAUAUUCUAAUUCGCUACCCGGCUCAAACAAAUAUAAAACAUUUAUCAUGUAAUAAGCAACCACAAUUGGGGUGUGUCAACACGAUCCGCGUGCGACUCUCUUUAUUAGGCCUUCAUCAACAAAAUGAAUGAGAAUGAUACAACAAACAGCUUGAAAACUCGGAAAUUUAAAAAACAGAAAGAAAACCACCCUACAAAACGAUCUAAACUAUGUUCGUAUAAAAAUGAUACCGUAAACGUCCUAAACCUCUCAUAUAGCAGCAUGCAAAAACUACCUUUACGAGAAACUGAGAAACCUAGCCACUGGGUAUUUAAUUUUGAGGUCGGAGGGACGGUCGUAAGACUCGAAUGAACAUAAAUGACAACAACUCAAGUAUGUAUAGCCUACCGCUAAUGAGGCAAUUGUAACAACAUACCAUGUAACACCCCCAAAAAAGGGUUACAAAACCCAUGAUAAAUACACUGGCUGACUAACGACAUCCACCAAUUUUUUAACGUGGCCCGAACCUAUUUAUAUACUGAUGGUUAUGUUUUGUAAUCGCGUUUUUAAGCGGGAACGAUUUAACCGAUAUCUAUGAUUUUUGGCAUCCUUAUGUAUUUUCUUGUAGGUGUAAAAAUGUGUGAGAUAUUGACAUUUAUUCGAAAUCACAUUUUCACAAAAAAUGAAAUAAAUUUAUUGAAAUCCUGCGACAGAUUUUUCUCUAACUUCAUGAUAACCUCAGAGCUCUCUAGUCUUAUAUCUGCAAGUUUGAAGUCAAUAGUAACCGUACAACUCGUUGCAAAAAAUGCCAUUUUUAUUUAACAUUAGAAUGCUUCGCUAAAACACUAGUGAAAAUGGACGCACACUGUUAGUUAAAGAGCGCCGACUCACUAUCUAGUAUCUAAAAGGGUAUUCUUACCCAAAGUCUUAUUGCAAGAAACUAAGUAAUCUGAAACCCACGGCGAAUACAGUUAGCAUCAUUUACGAGAAGAACUACUUAAGGCUGAAUGCGUAGUGAGAUUAAAAUUCUCGAGAUUCUCGAAAACUACGUGGUAUUGAUAUGACUUUUUUUCGAAGUGAUACUGAAGGUUCCGUUCUACUCCAACAUCAGGAUGAUCUCCAUGUAGCUGUGAAUAAUUAUGAUGAAGUCUUACGGUCACUACUGAACAAGCACGCUCCUGUGAAAGAACGAGCCGUGACUGUCCGACCAUCUACGCCCUGGUAUACAGCUGAAGUCACUGCUGUCACCGUUUGCAUCCUACCUGUCAUGUUGUACACAAUUUGUUCAAAUUGAAUGUUAAAGAUCCUUUUUACGUGAACUUAAUUGCGGUGUACCGCAGGGAUCUGUUCUUGGGCCUGUCUUAUAUGUUUUGUUCACCUCACCAGUGGCUGAUGUCUUAAAGAGACACAAUCGUACAUACCAUCUCUAUGUUGAUGACACUCGGCUCUAUGUGUCUAGCAUUGAAAUUUGUGUACAGGAAAUGAACAAUUGGAUGAUUCUUAUGGUCUUAAGCUAAAUGAGGAAAAAACCGAGCUGCUUCCUAAGUUUACUUUAUCGGCCCAGUCCUUCACUGGAAUUUGUUCGUGUUGGGGGUGAAACUAUUUAACCGUUGUCAUCUGUUCAUAAUCUUGGAGUGAUACUCUAUCCCGGUGCUGAUAUGGAAGACCACAUUAAGAAGAUAUGCAAGACUUGUCAUUUCCAUUUAACUAAUAUUAGUAAGGUAAGAACAUAUUUGCAUCGUGAACCUACUGAAGCAAUUAUCAACGCUUUCGUGACUACUAACUUGGAUUACUGUAAUGCUAUUCUAUAUGGACUGCCUAAAGUUCUCUUAAACCGGCUACAGCUAGUUCAGAAUAGAGCAGCGCGUAUCGUAACAUUCAGCAAAAAGUAUGAACAUAUAAUACCUAGCUUAAUAGACCUACAUUGGUUGCCUGUUGAGUACCCUAUUAUUUAUAAAAUCUUAUUGUUGGUAUAAAUGGCUGUCAUUGGAUUUUCACCAAGUUAUAUAUCCAAUUUACCCAGUUUUUGUAACAGCUCCUACUCUUCGCGUUCUUGCUCGAAUAAGUUACUUCAAGUCCCGAGAUCUAAGCGAAAGUGUUAUAGUUAUCGAAGGACCUAUUGCAGGACCUAAAUUAUGGAACAGUAUACCAGCAUCUUUAAGAAAUGCCAAUUCCUUGAAUUCCUUCAAAAAACACUUAAAAGACACAUUUAUUUCACCAAGCCUUUUCUUAAUUUGUAAAUAGAUUUAGAUUUUCUGAGUUAUACAUAUAUUUAUUCGCUUGGACAGUUAUUUGUUAUUUUUGAUAUCACUAUUCCUACCCUUAUUUUUAUUCCUCUUGUUGUAAUUUAUCUGUAUCUUAAUACAUUUUGUGUAAUUGUAAUAUUGUAUAGCGUCUAGAACAGCUUGUGAUAUAGACGCUAUAGUUUAUUAUUAUUAUUUAUUAUUGAAACUGCAUGAAGCUCUGUUGAGAUAAUACCUUCGAUUGGCUCUAACUACUUCCCGCCCCCUCUGUUGAUAUGAAUUUCUUAUUUUGCAGUUAACAAAUCGGCCACAAUUUUCCAUUGUCUGCACUCUCAAAGACCAUAGAAAUGACGCCAUAAAAUAUCAAAGGAGAAUAAAAAUCAUCAAACGAGUUUUUUACAAUAACAUUUAUUUUUAGUUUCCUUUGAAGUUUCUUGGAAAAUCACGCGCGAAGCGACGCUUUCCUUGUUGUUUUUCGCAUUUUUCCUCUACCUUUGCAGCUUCAAGCACCAACGCACUGUCAGAAAUUUCUCCCCAUAUGCUAAAAUGUGGUUCUUCUUUGUCCAUGUCGAGGAAUAAAAUUAUUUUUACGAAAAACCAAAAACAAAGCAACCGGCACUGUGUGGCAUGUUACGUCAUUUCCAUGGUCUCUAUUCUCAUAGACCACAGCUCUCGACCAAUCAGCACGCGAGGAUUCGCUCAGUUAUUGUAAAAAAUUUCAUGGUAAGUGUAUUGACACAAGCAAGAUUUCCAUUCAAAAAUGGUUCUAGAACAACUAACUAACUACCUCAUAACACAACCAUAGAAAUCUUAAACUAAACGUGCCUGGGAGGUUGAAGACAUCCCGCAGACAGACUAGCAGAAUUUUUUUAUAGAGUUAAAUAAUCUUCCUUUUGUAUUAUGUUUUGGGACGCCAUGUUAGACUUCCCACAUUCUCUUUUUCCCCGACGGUGUGAAGGGAAAAAUUAUCUAAACGUUCAAAAUUAAAGUCAAUAUAAUUAUACGAACUUGAAGCCCUUUUUAUCCAUAAGAAAGAGCAAUAUAUGAUUAUACAAAUAAAAUCAUACUUUUUCUAAAAUAAUAUAACCUAGUAUCAUGGUUUUAGAUUCUUAAGUGACCCAACAAUAAAAAAAAGCAUUAUCAAUACGAAUUGUUCUUUUUUAUUGAUAGAAAAAUUUACCCGAACGACAAACCAAACGAAUCAUUUUGAGAAAAGCGAAGAACACAAUUUUGUAAACGUUACAAUGAUAUUUGCCGUAAAUUUUCAUUGUUCUUUUAAAAACCAAGAGUAAGGGGUUUCACGCGGGCAAAUCAUGGCUGUCGACAAAAUUGAUGAUAGUCAUCAUAACUUACUAAAAGAAAAGGCAAAACAAGAAAAAACAUUUACUUCAAUUCCGUUUAAUCAUUUUAAUUUCCAUUCUAACGCUGCACCUAUAUUUGCUACCGUACACAUUAAGAGUCCGGAGCUGGAUACAAAAAAGUGAAGAAUCAAUAAAAAGCAAUGGAAAUUAAUUUUUUGGUUCCACCAGCUUAGUCAGCUUUCUUAUUUGCACCUUUUAGACAGGAUGUUGUAUUUAGCAUGUUUCGCAGAAGAAAAGGUGCUAGUUUAAUAACUCAGAAUUUUCUCAAGUCCCCGACAUUGUGCAUUGUCGAGCCGUCUCUUUGUCAAUUUUUGUCCUUUCUAAAUGUUAAAAAAAUUCUUUACUUCUGUGCUAAUUACCGCAAUCGUUCAUACUUAUGUUGUCUAGUUCAUUCGGCUGUAUAUUUUCUCCUGCCUCCCGCUCAAAAUAAUCACCAAAACGCACAACUAAUGACAAAAGCUGUGUUUGCUCUGUCUAAUUGCUUCACUACUUUCGUUGUCAGUUUCCUGUUUCCUAUUUGGUAACAAGCUGAUGAAACAAAAUUAAGCUUUGUUUUCAUUGUUCACAAAUUAGAAUCUCUAGUGAGAAACAGUCCAGUGUUUCUUGUAUCAGACUGAGCGGGUUGAAUGAAGAUGGCGGCCAUCAAUUACAGCUAUGCGGGAAGAAACCUUUCUUCCCCCGGUAACACCAACCUAGGGAAUAUUGCGGACGACUCGAAAACUACCAAAGCCGUCAAAACUUUCGUCUUGUCGUCUUUGAUCGCCGUAGCCAUUUCUGGCAAUUCUUUAGUUAUUGCGUCCGUUUACAGGAACAUAAACAAGCGAAUGCGUGUCGCAAGUAAUUUCCUUGUGGUGAACCUUAGUAUCGCGGAUUUUUUCUUAGCGAUAUUUAGUUUGUCGAGGCUGAUCGGUCUCACUUACAUUGGCUUUGAGUGGCCUUUUGGCGGUGUUUUUGGACUAAUCAGCUGCAAAGCUUACAACUUUUUCAUCGCGUUUUUGCUGUACGUUUCCACAAUAAACUUCAUGGCGAUAGCUUUCGACCGUUUCGUUGCUGUUUUCUUCCCUUUAUCGGGGAUCAUGAAAGGAAAACUAUUGUAUUUUGUCAUUGCCUUGACGUGGAUAAUUCCUGGCUGUUUCUUCUCAUUUUUCUGGAAAAUGAUGAACAUAGAAGUACGUCUUGGCAUUAGAGUAUGCUACGCUAAUGUACUUGCUGUUUUUCCAUCGGUAAAAGCAUUUUUUAAUUUUCUCUUCGCGCAACAUAUUAUUGUCAUCGGCAUUCCGAUUGCAACAACCGUCGCACUUUACGCCGCUAUUGGUGUGAAACUUCGACAACGGCGACCUCCGGGAAAUCAACAGGAAGUAAGUGUUGUUCAGAGUGAACUGAUUGCACGUCGAGUUGUUCGAAUGAUGGUAACGGUGAUUUUGGUAUUCUGUUUGUGCUGGAGUCCUCUGUGGAUUAUUUCCACAAUCUGCAAUUCAUCGAAAGACAACGCCGUCUGCAGAAAUCCUGAUAUAGAAUUCCUAAAAUUCGUUGUGGCUUAUUCUAAUAGCGCUAUCACACCAUUUGUGUAUCCGUUCUUCUCGGCCAAUUUUCGGGAGAGUUACAAGCAAAUUUUACGAAAUAACUUCUGUCGUAAAUGUGGACGAGUGAGUCCACAACUAACUUCAGUUCGGGGAACUGUCUCCGCUCACAGGGCACCAGUGCAAAGCUUUCCACUGCAAGGACGGUCUUCAAAUGAACAAAAAUUGUACCCUUGAAUUUACCGAUGACAACUUCUGCCCGUAUACAUUGAAGCCGUUGGAAAAAUAAUAGAUAAUUGUAGACAUUUGUAAACUAAACGCUUACGGUUUGAAAGCAAUAGACACUUACGUUCCUUGGAAUGGUCACCGCAAUUUAGCUUUCCCAAUCCUUGAAUUUUAUCAGUUAAUUGGAGGACGUUAUUUUGCAGGUGACAACGGCAGACAAAGAUUUAGAUAUAGUAAAACUCACGUGUAAAGGCAUUAGUUGUUGGUUUUGUUCCAUUUCGCGACAAAUCCUGAAAGUUUUUUAGUUGACAUGAAGAACUCCACUGAUAACUGUUCUCCUACAAAAAUGAUGCAAGUUGUCCAUUGUCUUCUUCGCUAAGACAGUGACGAGAAAUUCUUUCUGCUUAUAGGGUGAACUACAAGAAGUAUAUUCUUUCAUUGACGAGGGAAAAUUCUACAGUUGUCUGUCACUCGCGGAUAUUUUGCGCCUAUAAUUCCUUAAGGAAAAGGGCGAAUUCUCGCUACAUGUGCCGCAAUGUAAUUGUGUCUUGUCUCUGUAUAUAUUUUGUGUUUCCACUGGACAGUUACAUUAAAUAAAGCAAUAUCUUUUGGCCAUAUGGUGUUCGAAUCAUAUGGAGUCUAACGAAGGAUUACAAAAGAAACCCCUAUUCAAUGAGCCACGUAUCUGUACGGCCUAUGGACAUACAAUUGGUUGCUUAUUGAGCUAGCAACAGGUAGCGCAACCUCAAAUGCACCUCACCGGCUUUUAUGUAAAUAUUACUCAUUUGGUUCUUAUUCGUUCGAGAAAUACUACACUGUGUCAAAUAAAACACUUUUAUAUCAGCUUUGGGAGCUUUACAUAGGUCCUUUGCCCAACAGGACACUUCCAAGCCGGGCUUGUUUGUUGUUUUGUCUUUAAAUCUUCAUCUGACGAAUGAAGGAAAACAAUCCUAAUUUCGCCUGUCAUUGAUUUUUUUCGCUGGUUUCUCGCCACGUUAGCUAACCUUUACUCCCCGCUUUCCUCCAAAAACAUCGACAAAUUUAUUUUUUCAGGGGAUUACACUCGACGGGAAGUAGCUCGCUAAAUUAGGUAAAUGAUCAGGCAAUGAAAAUCUAUUCCACUUUCCCGUCCCCCUUUUACGUGUCGGACUCACUCCAAAUUUGUAAUUACUACUACUUUAAAAUCAAAAUUUGCUCCCACCUUGAUGUACACCCCAUAAUCACUUAAAAUAGCCUGUCUGAUAAAGCGAACUUUAUAUUACUUUUAUUGUCAGUAAAUCACGUUCCUGGCGUUGUCCACUGCUCCAGCUUUUCUUGAUUAAAAAACUGGUAACCCCCCUUCCCCCACUGGUUGAAUCUGCCUUCUUCAAACGAUAUUUUUUGAUGCACAGUCAAGAGUUGGGAGGAGUUGACUGUUUUAGACCUUUGAACUUACGAAAUCACUGUAUCUUUGAAAUAUUUGUACACAGAAUAUACGUGCAAACUACGACAGCGAUGAAACUGCGUUUUUCAAGUUGGCGUUUAUCAUCAGGGCUCGUCACGUUCGGAUCAGGCCAACUCAGUACAUCAAAAACAAGUGCAUGAAGAUGGAGUUGUAUGGUUGUCCUUCAACUGGUAAAUGUCUUUAAGUCCUACAACAUGUAUUCAUUUAACGUCACAAGGGAUUGCCAUGUUGGGUGUACAAGAGUACAAUAGAUAUCCUAUCCGUUAGGAACUAGACCCUAAUCUUUUGAUCAUUUUGUUUUGAUCAUUUUCAUUUUGAUUAUUUAUAUAUUUAUAUAUUUUUUUUUUCAGUCACCCACGAAACAAAGAAAAAACGCCACUGAAUUCUAGUCAACAGUUUGGCACAGUACAAACGACUUAUUGACGAAAUCAAGCAAAACUAACUACAAGAGAACGACUGGACAACUGACAAUUUGCCUAACAAUAGACGACUGUUUGACUGUGACAAUAGACGGAUCGAAACGCACCAAUUACAUCACGAGUCUUCAUAGGCAGUAACAUCACGGCUUAACACAGACGACUAAUAAAAUCGUGACGUAAUUGACCAAUCAGGUCAAUAACCAGAGUAUAAUAUUAUCAACUGACGUGAUUCAACUCACUUUGACCCUGAAGAUGACCACCGCACAGGUUGUCGAAACGUCAGUCACUGUCAACAACAACAGUCCUAUUCAGGACUACGUUCACACGGACGAUCAAACUCAAUCUACUUUUACAAUGACUGCUGGGUUCAAACCUUUCACAGAAAAAAAAUUGUUUUUUAAAUUUAAAUCUUCAUUUUUCGAAAAAUGUUUGCGUUUUGUGUAACAAAAUGACCUCCGAGUGAAAACUUAAAGUAAGUUUAAAAUCACCAGAGAGUUUAGCAUAGCUUCUAUUAUUCUUCUUUAGCAAAUGUCAUUUUGUUUUGGGCAAAGGCAAUAAUAACGCCCCUUCAGAGUCAGUGACAAUGAUAACGCAACCGAACCUCUCCGUCGGCCAGCUUGGGGAGAGAGAUCAGAGGACGUUUGGAUUGUUAUUUGUGUUAAACACUUCUUUGGAUACUUUGGGCCAUCUGCUAUUCAGCAAAAGAGAGGUAGUCGUUAUGGGAAGGUAUGGAUUUAAUAGGAAACUUUUUUGGGUUACGCUUAACAACUGUCCGCAACGCCCGCAGGUAUGUUAUUAAGGGCAGCAACGAAGGUCCUCCACUCCUGUCUGUUCUUGGCCAGCUUCCGGAUGGUACCCCAGAUGUGGUUUAGGGUUUUCAUCUCUCCUUCUACCGUUCGACACCAGGUGUUCUUCGGUCUGCCUCUCUCGUGCUCUCUUUCUGGUGUCUAGUGUAGGGCUGUGCGGGUGAUGUCACCAAGAUCUUUCCUUAGCAAGUGCCCAAUCCACCUCCACCUUCUCCUCAUGAUGAUGAUCUCCAUGCUGUCUUGACGACAACGAGCAAACAGUUGUUCAUUUGAAAUGGUGUUGGGCCAGAAGAUUCUCAGGAUCCUUCUGGGGCUCUUUAGGAGGUAAACGGAGAGAUUAAGGUCAGUGGCAGUCAUCCUUCAACUCUGAGCCGUAUAACAGGAUAGAACUUACACAGCUCUGGUACAGCUUCAGCUUGGUCUUUGUGCUGUACUGCUGGAACCUCCAAACCUUGUUGAACAUUCUUAAGGCAUUCCUGGCCUUUCUGAAACGGUUCUUUACGUUAUUGCCUGCUCCUCCAUUACAUCUAACGGUGCUGCCUAGGCCGGUAAACUCCUCAGUCUUGGGUAGAUCUUCUCCAUUCACUUGCACCGGUGAGGGGUUUGGGGUGUUCAAUGUCAUCACCUCUGUCUUAUUCUGGCUUAUCUUCAGGCCUCUCUGCUGAGCUUUGUUGGUGGGUGCGGGAGACCAGAGUCAGGUCAUCAGCAAAGUCCAGGUCUUCAAGUGGCUUAAGGGUUGUUUUACUCUUAAAGAUGAUUGUUAACCAGAGCGUAUUGCAUAUACGUAACAGAAUUAAAAUACUUUUAGUUCAACGUCUUAUGCCUUCAAAGCAGUUUAUAAGUAAACGUACCGAGAACUAACUAACUAACUAACUAACUAACUGAAUUAAGAAGAUUUCAAAUAGGUGAUAGAGGUCGCACUCUGUCCAAAUCACAAACACGGGUUAAUUGAGAAUGGAUGUUUUGAUCACUGACUAUCAUUCCCUCUGACAAUACGGCUUUUUCAUCUUUUUAGAAAUACAACUUUACCAAUACAUUGGUUUUGUCAGGGUAAGAGAAUUGGGAGAGGUUGCCUCGCAAGUCAUUUAUAUUUCACGUCGUCUAUUGUUUGUGUAUCGGAGGGAAAUUUCCAAUUACUUUGUGUUUGACUGCAAAUAUAAAGUUACCUUACGGUUAUCAAUUUUCUUGCAGUCAAAGAUGCCUUCGCACCCCUUGGCCUUGGAGAUGGAAAAAUAUUGAAUUCGUCCUUGCAGGCUUCAAGCACAUUAAACCGCUUUCACAAACCAGGAUAUGGAAGACUGAACACUGUUAUUGACGGUGGAGCCUGGUGCGCUCGUGACACAAAUAGAAGUCACUAUUUUCAAGUGGAUUUACAUGAAAUACAUAAGAUAACUGAGAUCGUGCUCCAGGGGAAAUACUCGGGCUCCUCCCAAGAACAAGGCUGGGUUAUUGCGUUUUCGGUCACUUAUAGUAUUGACGGUAUAGUUUGGAGUCAACACUUCAAGGACGGUUUAUCGGUGGGUUCCACUUCUUUAUGGCGAAGUUUGAAAACCAAUAAUACUAAUAAGAAGAAUCGGUUAGCUUAGUACCGCUUUAAGUGAUCAGUCUUCGUAUUUUACUUUUUUUUGCAUUUUUUCUUAGCUCAGCAUGACAUGAUAACUUGUAUUUCCUAAUUUAUCUCUUUCUCUUUGAUGCCUUUUCAUUUGAUAACGGAAAAACAAUAGUAAGUGAAAUAACAGAAAGUGAUACGUAAGCUCAGAAAACACUUUCCGUUUAAAUACCCCAUGCUACAAAUCGAAUUCUCGAUAAUCCACCAUCCUACUCACUGUUAAUGUAAUAGCUUUGAUGUUUGAUUUCUGCCUAUUGUGAAACCUGCGCAAACGUUUUUUACUCACGCUGAUCGAUCACUGGUAUCUUUUCAUUGCCAAAUGUUAGGUUUUUGAAGGUAACGGCGUAAGUAACAUGACGAGAAGCCAUGAAUUGACACCGCCCUUGUACGCGCGUUUUAUCCGACUGCACGCUGAGCAGUGGCAUCAACUGAUUUGUUUGCGAGUGGAACUAGUAGGCUGCAAAGGUACGUUGUUAAAGGGGCCAUGUCCCAACAUUUGUUAUCCUUUUAAAAAGCUAAAACGUGUCAUUGCAUCAAAUGAAUUCCAAAAAUAAUAGCCCAGAUUUGUUAUUUAAGACUAUAUUUAGGCACUCAAACUGUUUCCUGUCAUCUGUUGCCACAGAUGGCAAGGAUGGACAUAGAUUGAAUCUUGAAUAAAGUGAGCCAAAUUCGAAUUGACCUAAAGCAGAUGGCUCUACCUGAAUUUUUUAAGGGAGAAUACCUCCUAAGUUUGAACAAAAACUUUGUCGCUACUGUUAAAGAUACCGGAAAACCGUCACCACAGCUGAUAAAAAAAUGAUAUGAAAAUGUUGCUAUGACAGUUUUUAUAUUGACAUCAGAGUUGACACAGCAGCGUAACGACUUUCACAACCUAUUGUAGUUUCUGUAUUAUUUCUUGGCAUUGGGAGGUUUUUAAAAAUAUUCUGCUUAAUUUCGGCCGCGAUACUGAUAAUAAUUGCCAAAAUUCUAUGAGGUCGUCAUGCAAACAUUUUGGGAUAAAUUUUUGAGUGUUUGGAUAGCUGUGAAAACUGAUCAAUCGCAAUAAUUAAUAGCUCUAUUAGAGAAUGAUGAGCAUAUGCUUAUGAGGUAACUGCUGAUACAUGUAACAACCUUUUCCCACCGCGGCUGGAAAAUGUAUUGGAAUUACAACCAAGGAUGUUUGCAUUUGCUAAUCAACAAUAAAGGGUUUAAGUAUCAGAUUUUUUCUUUUGUCUGCAGCUUGCGCACAGCCACUUGGCCUGGAAAAUAAACGUAUCUCUGACGCUUAUUUAUCAGGAUCCCAUCCAAGCUUUCAUAGGUUUAGACUUAACAACAAUGACGCUUGGCGUACGAAUCCUUACACUAUGGACAAUCAAGAAUUUGUUCAGGUUACGCUGACGCCUUAUGGUAAAACCGUGACCGCACUCGCAUUUGAGGCGUUGUCCGCUUGGGCUAUGUCUUUUACCCUAAGCACAAGCGAGGACGGCUCGGAAUGGCAGGAGUAUACCUUUCAAGGGAAAAUUGAGGUAUGAGGUUACAGAGCUAUUUUUUCUGACUCCGUAUUUGUAUCACUUGUAAAGACGCCAAUAAUUUACGCGAGACUCGGUUCAUGUAUUAAAAUGUAUGGUAGAGUUAAAAUUGUAUAGGCAGCAGGGUUUUGUCUUGUGUCUAUAUUAUUGAGCCCAUUGACAGUAUAGAUAAUUUCUCGGCAAGGGAUUGAAAGGGCAAAGAGGUUAUGGGUGCGGGGCCAGUGCCCUUAACCAUAAAAAACCUUAUGCCAAGUGUCUGUAUUGUAGGUUUUUGCUGGAUGCACAUCACCAUAUGAAAUUGUCCGGAGACCUCUACCAAGAAACAUAACAUCACGUUACCUUCGCCUGCAUGUUUUAACUUGGAAGCUUCUCAAUUAUGUGAGCUUGGAGCUGUACGGAUGUGACGGUAAGAGAGGAUUAAUUGCCACUGAAAACGUUUCCUGGAGACGCCACAUAAAUUUUUCACGGUCAGUGGCCACUUCAACCUUUUCUUCCCAAGGGAUCGUUGUAGUUCGCCAGGAAAUCGAAAACGGUUUUUUAAGGCCGUUGGUCAGUACCAUCAGUAAUAUUAGACACAGAAGCAGUUAUGGCUGAUGUUUAUGACUAGUAAAUCCGCAAGUUUUAGUUUCUCUGCGUGGUCACUCUAAGCCAAAGCUAGUAUCCCCCCACGAAAUCGUGUGACAUGAGACAUGAGGGUGAGGUGGUAGACGCAUUUGACGGUGGAACUAGAAUAUCCGGGCGGAAGCCGUGUACAUACCAUUGUGUUGUUUCCACACCUUGUUGCUCUCCUCCGGCAGGUAUAUAAAUGGGUACCGGCGAUACUCUCCUAAAAACCUUUCGAUGGACUGUUAUGUUGUCCGGGGGUACAAGAUAACUAGUGGCCCUCUUAAAUCGAGCCCCUGCGUCCUUUUUUAAUCUAUUGAUGUUUAAUUGCUGGUCUCUGUCAGACUAUCAGCCGGCGGACCCUGCAUGGCCUGCUCUAUGAAUUGUUACUUUAGCCACUUAUCUAGAACGCAAAUGAUCUCCCAAAAGGAGAGCCUUUGAAUUGACGCGCAUACAUUGUCUGGCUAAAAGUUGUUUCUUUUGCAGCGUGUGCUGAGCCGUUAGGAAUGGUAAAUCGUCUCAUUCCCGACUCCAGCAUCACGGCCUCCUCUUUCAAAGUUGGUGGAGAACCUUGGCGCGCCCGGUUGGGGCCUGGCGAUGGCUGGAUUCCAGAAAGUGCUUCAUCUAUUGAAUAUAUUGAAAUUGAUCUUGGAGAGCCGAAGGUCAUCACAUAUAUAGAGAUUCAGGGUGCUCCUGACAGUGAUCGCUGGUCGACUUUCUUUCUCCUGGACUACAGAAUGAACAGUUAUGAGCCCUGGAGUAAUUACAAACCUCGUGGUGAUGGAGGGGUGGGCUAUUUCACACAAGCACUAACUUAUUUAUUUCCCAUUGAUUUUAUACUGUGGCAGGAAUAGACCCGGGGCGGUACUUUAGGACUUUUUGGGUAGGGAUGUGCCGCUAGAACCCUGUAACCCUUAGCCUAUACCAGAACUAGUUGAAGGAAUUUUGCUACCCUAUACUAGACUAAACUCCCCAAGUCCCCCCCCCUCAUCCUAGAGUAGCUGUUUUCCAGAAACAACUGAGGUCACUAGCACAGUCCAGCCAAAACAAUGCCGAUUUGAUUUUUUUAUAUUCUUGAGUGGCAAUUCCCGGUUUCCCUAGUCUAGACUAAAAUCUCCAGCCAAUUGAAUAGUUUAAAUGGAAAAUGAUACCCUCUUCUAGAACCAAACUCUCUGAUUUAUAUACCCUAUCCCAGAGUAAACUGCUUCGCAUAUUGCAUAAGUAUUUUCUUCAAUUUCUCUUUGGAAGACAGUAAUACCCUAGGAAAAAUUGAAAAUAAUAGCCAUUUACAACGCCCCUAAUGAUAUGCAAAGUUGAAGUUUUUUACGUGACUAGUUGUACAGUUUCACUUUCGAUUACGUGACUAUUAAUGAUGAAUAUUAAUUCGGCGGAUAAAUUCUUAUUCUAGCUCACUCUUUUGCUAGUUUACAGGGGAGCCAUACGGUCAUGGACGGCCCACCCUCCCAUACAGAACCAAGCUUUCCUUUAGGCUAUUACCAAUAAGCGAAAAAAAAGAAAAUAUAUUUUCUUUUGAUUUUAGAAAAUCAAAGCGAUUGAAAUGAGGAACGUGAUAAAGAGAAUCGCGACAGACCAGAAACUGGAAGCAAGAUUCAUUAAGUUCAGGGCGCAACAUUGGGUGGGAUAUCAAAGCUUAAAACUUGAACUUUAUGGCUGCGAUAAAGGUAGUAAUUUUUUGUUUCUUGGAUAAAUAGUUAAGCCAACACUGUUAUGUCUGUUUGUUGUUGUUAUCUAAGUAGGAAUGGAAGAAAAAAAAAUCGUUUUUCACAUUAUUCAGGACUUGGUUUCAAUACGAAAUUGCAAAACUAUACAUGCAUAUGUUAAUUUGUUAAAAGCACAAAAUCGUGCAAUCUUCUUCGUACUUUUCGUUUUGCUCUGUGUGUGUAAAGCAGCCUCGUUAUUAUUUUUAUUACUUAAAAUGCCGCCAAAUUUGAACAUAUCAUCUUUCUUUCAAUUGGUAAUCUGUUGAAAUAAGAAUGGAUGGUCUGGUGAAGCUACUUCACUAUGGUCGGGUUUGAACAUGACUGAAAAUGUAACUAAAUGUCCCCAAUUUUUUUCUUCAUAUUUCAUUUGUUAUACAAAAUUAAAUAUACUAGCCAUUUCAACAGUAAGUUUUCGUGCCCUGUGGUACGGUACUUUCUUAAAAAUCUCACCAUUCGAGAUCCUAUUUUGCAGUUUGUUCAGAUGAACUUGGAUUUGAAAGUUGGACGAUAAAAAAUCCUGCCUUUUCUGCCUCUACGUACAAAUCCUCUCGAUCAUACCCAUGGAUGGCAAGACUUCACAACCUAGAGGCCUGGUGCUCUGAUAAAAAUGAUUCUCAGCCCUUCCUGCAGGUUAGCCCAUUUUGCUGAAAUAAAGCAUAAUUGUUUUUCCUACCCGCAGACCUAUUUCUGGUGAUGGCUGUCAGCAGUACCUUCUUAAAGGGGCUCUGUCAUGAGGAAACUGCUGUUUUAGGUCAAUUCUGUGGUGAAGUCAUUGUAUGGAGCCUUUUUCCCACUAAAAAAAUGCUCUGUUAGAGAUAAAAUUGUUUGGGUGAUUUUUGCCGGUAAAGCUUUAAAACCUGAAAAGUUGGGCCAACUUUUUCAAGUUUCAAUCUACAUCCAUCCUUGUCAUCCCAAGCAACAAACAACAGAAAACAGUUUCAAUACCUAAAUAUAGUCUUAAAUAACAAAACUGGACAACUAUUUUGGAAUUCAGUGGAUGCAAAGACAAGCUUUAGUUCUAAAAGAGAUAGGAAAUACCAAUUUAGCCCCUUUAGACUAAAACUGGUACAAGUGAUACCUAGGCGAGGGCCCUGGUGCUGAGUUUAAGGUCCAUUUGAUGUCCUUAUGGUCCUUAACUGAAUGUAAGUUUGCGAAAUACUAUAUGGAAACUUAUUCUUGCUCGUACACACAGGUUCACAAAUAUUGUUCAACAUUUCGCUUUGCCCGCUGAAAUUGUUUAAUUUAGUUAAAAUUGCUCUUAUAUGCUUGAUCAAGGGAUCGAAACUGAUUGAUACAAAAAGAGGAGGAACAACCAGGAUUAUUUGGUAAUUGCAAUGACUCUCAUUCCACACCAUUUUAGCGACAUUUUAGCAACAUUUUGCAGCACAGGAUGUCAUUCGUUUAAAUGCUGCCACCAAAACAUUGUGAUCCUUACCAAAGAGCCAAACGUCUUUCUUAAACUUCCGGAUUCAUUUAUUUUGAUAGUUUUCGUAGCAUUUGUCUGGUUUUGCUCCCCCGGGGGAGGUACGUCCUAGUGAUAGGCUAAUAGGGAUGUGCCACGCGCUGGAUGGGGUCACAUUUUUACGAUUGGAUUGACUAUAAUGGGGUUGUAUUUUCACCAGAGUUACUAGAAUGGGGUGGCACAAUUUUGGGAUUUUGGGGGUAAGAAUAUUCCACCAGUUGGGAUGGUGAAAAUUGCAUUUGCCCAAAAGUGACUAAGAUGGGGUCUAUAACUGGCCACAGAAUAGACUAUAAUGGGGUAGGGGUCGUGGGCGGCCAGCGGCACAUACCUUGUAAAACACGAACGCUCUUACAGCGACGUUUAGUCUCGCUUGCCUGGAGAUUAGAUCGAGAAAUGAGGAGGCGAUUAAUUCUACAGGAAACAGGAUUUACUAGCUGAAGGGUUUUUACUUCCUUUUUUAUUGACGUCGAGUAUUCUUCAGGAUAUCGACUUUUUAUUUGUUUCUGAAUUGAUUUAGUAGGCGUGUUAGCGACGACCGGAAGUACGGCUGCGGUCGCAGGCUAUAUGCGUGUAUAAAUUCACGAAAAUUCAGGGGCCUCGAUUCCAGAGAAAUUGCAUCAUUGCCAGAGAUCCAAAAAGUGAUUUACAUGGGACGUCAUUUCAAUUAUCGCCGAAAAUGAACCGCAUGCUCAUCACAAGAUUCAUUUGCAUACAAUGAAAGUUUACAACAUCCGACCAGCGCGGUUUUUUUCGACCACUCAGUAGUGUUCACUUGUUCCAAAGUAAUCAACGCUUUCAAGCGAUAGAAUUCGUUGACCGACACGUGCGCGUUUCGGAAAAGCUCUAAAUUUAAUCUUUCCUAAGCUUUCUUCGCAAAACAUGCGUAGCUUCGGUCACGCAACGAUUCUUAUUCCCAGUUUUCACGGUCUCCGCUAGGAACGCCUGGCACAAUGACCCCCCUUUGUGUCAUAAUUACGAAGAAAAACGGGUUGCAGAUUAUGAGUGUCGCUGCUUAGGCAAGGGAGAAUAAAAAUUGACCCAAGUAACCCCCCCCGGGGUUUUUGCUGUCUGUUUACUAUAAAGGUUGACCUCGGGAAGCCCUACAGACUGCGUUUUAUUGCUACUCAAGGACUUCACAGUAAAACCAUCGACAGCGGUUGGGUGCAGGAAUACAUACUGGAUUUUCGCGGGGAUUUUUCGACAUGGCUACCGUACGUGGAAGACAAAUCUGUAAAGGUAAGUCAAAGUUCUCGUUGAAACACCUCUCAGUUUAUUUUCCCCGGGGAUCAUCCGAAUAACGGAAGUAACCUUAUUAGUGAGAUGUUAUUUACAGAAAGGUUAAGCUUGGCUCUGAUAUGCGGCUGAUCUACCUACGACACAGCCGCUGAUACUGCCUAGGAUACUGUCCCAGUAGGAGAAGAGAAGUCACCGGCAACCGAUCGAGGCCAUGCUGUCUUUGACUCGAGUUCAACUUCGCUGGCAUGUCUUCGGUUAAGACCUGCCAUGUCGGGACUGUUUCCCAGCCAUUACCAGCGAUCACUUAUGUAGCAGCUAGAUUAAGAGCAUAUGAGAACCGGGCACUAGUACUUUGGAUCACUUGGGUAAUUUAUGUCACUUGUCAAGAAUAAACAAUACGCCAUUUUACCGUCAGUGUCCUGGCCGUUGCAAAGAAGCGAGACUGGAGAUGACCUUAUUGUGUUACAAACGUUCGUACUUUGCAUGCACAAACCAGUUUUAUAAAUGCGAAAAGCAGGAAGCUUUGUAACAAACAAGGUCACCUUGAGCCACGCAUCUAUUCAAAGACUAGAGCACUCAGAUCACUCUUAUCUCUCGUCUUGUAUUAAGUUGAGCUGUCAAUCAUAUUCUCAAUCACCCGUGGUUAAAAGAGUUAAUUGUCUCGUAUAAACUAAACAUAUCCUUUACUUUGGCUAACUGGUGUGCAGUCGUGAUCCACCAUAGCUUGUUCUUAGCAUAGCCCUUAACGUUAUUAUAUCCCUUUAUGGGUACGUCAAAAUGAUCAGAUGUUUUUUCCUGUUUUUCUUCUUUAGAUAUUCUCUGCAAAUGCUGACGGCUGGUCGGUUGUAAAACACCAACUGAAGAAUAUCACAAAUGCAAGACACAUUCGCUUGCAUCCAAAAACAUGGCAUAUUUGCGCAUGCGUUAGGUUAGAGUUGUACGGGUGCAAAGGUAGGGAACUGCCAGUACUAGAUUUCCGCUUUUCCUCGCCUUUUGUUGUAGCGUGAGAAAAUAAUGUUUUUUCGCCACCCAAGUCUCUGAAUAUAGUUCUAGUGGUGGAGAGAGAAAGAGGGUGGACGCUAAAGAAAAAUCAUUUAUCUGAAGAAAGAAUUCAAAGAAUAUUUACACCUACCAGUUUUGCUAUGACUUUUGUUAUACUCUCUUGUUUCCACUUUGUUGUUCGUGUAAUCCUAUGAGAUAAAAAGAGGAAGAGAGAAAGAAAUAGACUAAGCGCCCGUAAUUUUAGUAUCGAGUCAUUAUGAUCUCCAGGCAGCCAGACUCCCAUCCGCAAAGUCCAAGAUGUUUUUGUUGUUAGCACCCAUUGCAUUUUUUGACUCAAAAACCCUGUUCUGUAGCUAAAGCGGUGUAAAUAGUGCAUUUAUUUCACGUAUUUCAUCUGUUGUUAUCUAGGCAUCUUAUAAGUAGACAAGACUUUAUGUAUCGUUUUCUUGCGGAGCCGAAUUUUCUGAUGCAAUCAAGAACGGCAUAGCUGAAUUGAAAGGCCACCAAUCAUUACCCGAAAUACUUUCACUAGCUACCGUUUUGAUUUACACUACGGAUGAACAACUCGAACCUUGUGACCCUUAAUAUUUUCCGCCACUCAGAGGGACUUCUCACUGCUUCGUUGCUUGAUUUGAUACUCUAACUCUAUUGACUGAUCUUUCUUUUUUGUUCUAGUGUUUGACGAAAGCACUCUAACCUCUUUGGGAAUGAGUGACCAUACAAUACCCGAUAACAGCAUCAUUGCCUCAGACGUGUUUGAGACUAAUGGACCGUGGAUGGCGAGAUUAGAUAACACCGAAGGCUGUUGGGUAUUUCCCUCUGCCGAAAACUUUCUUCAAGUGGACUUGGGCAACGGUUUGAUGUUAGUAACUGGAGUCGCGACGCAGGGUUGUUAUAAUACACAGAUUAGAGAAUAUGGAUACGUGUUGGAAUAUAAACUAUCAUUUAGUGACGAUGGAGCUGAAUGGUAUUACUACAAAGAUGGAAAUGAGCCUAAGGUAUUUCUUAUUGUCGUCCUUGGGGCAGUUCUAUUAGUCUUGGGUGGAUUUAAUAAAACUUUUACAAGACUAAUUUACAAGUGUAACCAUUGUUUUAGGGUCUGAAAACAUCUCACUUGGACUCUGAAGAUGACUACCGCACAGGUUGUAAAAACUUCAGCCAGUGUCAAUAACAGUCCUAUCCAGGACUUUUAAGUUUAAACUCUCGGAUCCAGACGAUGAUAUGAAACCUAUUAGUUUAGAACUAAAUUGUUUCGUUUUCAGCUUUUCUUUUCAGAUCAAUUUUCAGUUUCAUAAGAAAUGUAAGCAGCAUUACUAUGUUCCAAGCAUUUGUUUUCAAUUAGGUUUUCCAUGGUAAUACCCUGAACGAACAAAAGCUCCCUGUCCAACACGUCUUUAAGCGGGCUGUCUAUACACGUUACGUGAAGUUCCAAGUAACUCGAUCUGUCAGAAAUUAUCAUCGACCAUCGCUCAGAGUUGAAAUAUACGGCAAAACAGCAGGUGAGAUAAUAUGAUGCAGACCUGAAAUACUCUUCCUACAUGAAUUAAAAUAGAACCAGUAACAACGUCAACUACUCAUGCCCCGUUUAUUAUGUUAACGAUACAUCAUACAGCAAAACCUGUAUUUACAGGUAUUGAUCAACCUUUAGGAAUGGCCAGAUGAUCGCUUAGUACAGAUUGAUCGUUUUGUGGAAGUGAAAACAAUGAAAGUAACAUGAUUGGACGUUGCCAAUUGACUGUUGAGUACAGGCUCGCCAAGCUUGUUAUUUUCCAAACGACAAGGAGACUUGAAGAAAACACCUAAAAUGGUUGGAUUCGAUUGAAAAGAAAUUUGAAUCCUACUCAUGAGAGAUCAUUCAAUCCAAAUUCAGACUGUAAAAUUUGAACGCGUUUGGAAAAAGAAGGAAAUUCAAUGGCUGGCUUUUAAAAAUCUCUCAAAGCGGAGAGCUUAUUAUGGAUCCUCACGAGGGACGCUUGUACCUCCAAUCAUACAAAGCUCACGUUAAUUGCAGAUUUUCAAAAGGGUACGUUGUGUUUGCUUUUCAGCCAAAAACACUUAAAUUUUGCAAACUUUUUCUAACCGUUAAAACAUUAAUAUGUUUCAACGCUUCAACUUCAACUUUAUACAAAACUAUUGAUUACAUUAGACUUUUUGACGCUCUUUUUGGUGCCAGGUCCCUGUUGAUUAGAAGAAAAGCUAAUACAGGCUUAUUAACUAAAUUUUUGCUUUUUUGUUAUUUUCUAUAAAAAGUGGGCAAGUUUCUUGCGGCGUCCAACUUUACAAUCAUUGCUUCAAGUUCGAGAUAUCCGACGAGUGCACAAGACAGCCUACUAGGCCGUAACAAGACCUGGUGCGCCGAAUUUGAUGACGUCAUGCAAUACCUUGAAAUAGAUUUGAAGCAAAGCAGUCAUGUGACGGAAAUAUUAGUGCAAGGUGCUGUUAAUGAAGAAGCCUGGGUAGAGAACUUUACUGUGUGUUACGGAUUUUCCGGUGAAGUGUGGACGAAUUAUAAGGAAGGUAGCGUCAUCAAGGUAAAAUUCAAGUCGAGAAGUGUUAGUUGUACGCUGUAUCGACUCAAGAACAUGAUGUUAUAGAGCUGCAACCUAGCACAUUUGAACACAGUUUCAAUUAUAAAAGAGCUAAAAUUGUGGUUAUGUGGCCCGUCAGACUUCUUUGUUAACUGUUUUGGACUUGACCUUGCGCCAGUUCAAAAUCUAGCAUUCGUUGCAUUUUGAACGAACUUUAGUUAUCAACAAAAACGUCCCAUUAAUUUAAUAAGUCACAAAUUGUGAAUAAAAAGCAAAAGACUUUGUACUUUUAGGGGGCUUCUUGCAUACACUGCAGAACAGUUGUCCAUAGUUAUUAGAGGAGACUGGUUAUGAAAAGCGGCAAACAUCAAUGUUAAAAACAACAGUGCUGCAGUUUAUGUUCAAAGCACCGUGAAAGUGCACAAUCCUUUGUUUUCUGUUGGCAAAUUGUUACGGAAUAAAUUAAUGCAACGUUUUUAUUGGUCAAUACAAUCAAAAUGAUAGGAAUUCUUUUGAACGUUGUGCACUUUCAGGUCCACAAAAACAUAUAACAAAGGAGUCUGACGGGUUUCAUAACCAUUCCACUCAAUUAACUAUGAGUUGUCUUCCUACGAACUGACAAAACAAUGGAACAAUAGAUUGGACUGUAUUCAUGUGCAUGUAAAUUUGAAAGACAGCGAUCUGCCCUAUAACAGGUUUCCCACGAUUUGAAUGAAGGUGUGAUUUCCAAUGCUUGAAAAUUAUCUAUAUCUGUUAUGUGGCGAUAAAUUUGUAAAAGAAAGGUGCCUCUCUGUCCAAUUUGUAGUUAAACACUUUUUUUUUAAUUUGUAGAUUAAAUAGGCAUAAUCAUUGAAAUGUCGUGAAAGGCCAGAAUCUUUUCUUUUAACCAAAAUAUUAUUUUGCUUUUCUCACCUUUCCAUCUAGGUUUUUCAGGGAAAUAACAACAGCUUUUCUAUUGUUAGACAACAAUUCGCAAAACAAGUGUUGGCUCGAUAUAUUAGAAUUCACCCGGUCAGCUGGUCUAGCCACAUUUGCAUGCGCGUGGAUUUGCUUAGUGCAGGUAUAGAUACCAAUUUUUAUUGCACCAUAUAUCACAAUCAUGAAUACUGAAAUUUGUUACGUUCAACUCCCUAUUGACCCUGACCUCUCUUAGACCCCACCAAAGUCAAAUUAUUUAGUGGGACUUUAUUCACCCUAAAGUGAAAACGUUGACAAAGAUGUAUAAAACAACUAGACUCUUUGCACUACACUCUUUGCAUUUUUCUCCGAGAAAUAAACUUCUUUUCGUUGAAAAGGAUUUUCGCCGAAGCAAACCUUUUCUUGACAAAUGGCGCCGGCACUUGAAACAAACUUUAAACAAACUUUCAAAAGGUUUAAGAACUUAAACUUUGAAUUGUGGAAAUGACAACCUUAGCUUUCAAUUGCUUUGCUUAACUUUUGAAAAUUUCUAGUUUGACCGCGGUGAACCUUGAGCCAGUCCCUGCUGUUUUUCAGACAUUUUCUUUGAUCCUUUGAGGAGGAAGGGUGGUGCAGCGGUGAGAGGACUCGCCUGGGUUCGAAUCCCGCCUUAUGUGGGUGGAGUUUGUAUUGGUUCCUCUCCGGGUGCUCCGGUUUUCCACUCCCUUAAAUCGAAAUUUCAAAUUGAUACAGAAUGCCGAAGAAGAGUCACUCCGUCGAUGUCCUAGCACUUAAUUAAUUAAUCAAUUGAUUAAUUAAUCAAAGUUAUUAAUUAAUUAUUUAAUUUAUUUAUUAAAGUAAUCGAUUUAUCAAUUUAAAUUAAUUGGUUAAUUUAACAAAUAAAUUAAUUUAUGAGUGGAAUUAAUUAAUCUUAAUUAUAUUAUCCAGUGAAGUGAUUGAUUAAUGUCGCUCGCUCAAAAUAAUUAGUUAAUGACGCGGACACCUCUUUAAGACUAAAGGUCUGAUUGACACCUUGGGCUCUUUUUUUCUUCUGUCAUGACACAGUAGAGGUUCUGACGGAGGUUUGUCCUCUAUGUGAUCCCCAAACUUGGCCGCAAGUUGCAAUUUGGAACUAAUUUGACGUCGUAAACUUCGAUUUACCAGAUAAGAAACACCCGCUCCACACGUACACCAUUCCCUAAUAUCCCUGCACAAUUGCAUCUAAUCUACUCUAAAAAAGCUGAGAUAUAAGCAAUUCAAAAGACUUGUAUAAAUAAAUAAAUGAAUGAAUUAAUUAAUAUCAAAGUGUAAAUGACGUUCAUCAUAAUAAUUUGAUGGCAAUUUUAGGUUACAGUUUGCCCCUGGGAAUUCAGAAACUAAAGCUCAACGAUUCGGCCAUGACAGCAUCCAGCCACGCUGGACCAGGAUGCGAGCCUUGCAGGGCGCGAUUGGAUGUUGGCUUUCAGAGCGAAGCUUGGCGCGCCGGAGAAGACAAUAUUAACCAAUACUUACAGAUUGACUUGGGAAUUGAAUACAAUAUUACCAAAGUAGCCACACAAGGGAGACAUAUGACAGGCGGCAGCUGCUGGGUGACGCGUUAUAAUGUGUCCCACAGCCUCGAUGGGUCUACCUGGGGUCUGUACAUGGAAGAUACAGUAGUGAGGGUACUGCGUUUCAUUUCCUUUGUUCGACCCGAGUCAAGUGCUAACCCCAAACACAUUUAGUACAAAGAAUUGCACGCUAGGCCAUUUUCGCGUUUUAAAUAACUUCCACUUUCAAAGCGAGGCCAAGGGCAAAACGUUUCUUCUAAAAAUGAAUAUGAUUUGCAUAAGAAUGAAAUAAUGAUUCUGUUACAAGGCUUCACACUAUACUGAGUUUUCAAAUAGAAGGUUGGAGUAACUCGGAAAUGGCCUCUUCGGUCACGUUCAGUAAGUCGAAAGUAAAAUAAUUGCACAGUGAAAAUCCAGCUAAAAGCUCGACAGUUUUAACCACUGGUUCCCACUUUGGUUUUAACUCUAGUCAAAAGGUUGAGGUAAUGUAAAGAAUUAAUUUGACGGGACAAGUCGCCUUUCUUCACGUAACAACGACAAAAUCACGUACUGUACAUGUACAGGUACAAGUUACAAGAACAGGUGCUAGCAGAACUUUACAUCAUUACAUUGCACCGUACGCACGCAAGUAAUAUUACAGGCUUUGUUUCAAACUUCCACCGGUACACGAACAAAAAGAUUCGAAACCAAUUUCCUUAUAUAGAUAAAAAAGCACAACCAUUUUUUUCACUUCAAGACAUUUAUUGCAUUAACUAUAAAGAAUUAAUUACAAAAUUUUAAGCAACAAUAAUAGUAAAAAGAAAGAAAAAAGGGAAAAGUAAUUCAUACUCACAAUUAUAUACAACGUACAUUGCACAAUUAAUUACGUUGCAGCCAAAAACAGCGGCGCAGUGUUGAAAGCGGCUUAUUUUACAAAUAGUAAAUUUAAAAGCACAACCAUGCAUGCACAGUCACUGGUGAUGUUAGUGAUCGUCUUAUUUAUUUAAAUGUGCUGUGAAACUCGCCUAACGUCAUAAAUUUUGCGCUCUUUUUCCCAGACAUUCCUUGCAAACUCUGAUGACCACAGUAUAUCUACACAGGAGCUAAACCCCGAAAUAGACGCGCGUUACGUUCGGCUCACUCCUGUCACAUGGUAUAAUCAUGUGUGCAUGAAGGUGGAGUUAUUUGGUUAUAAAGGUAUGAGUAUUAGAAAUUUGUCAAAGGGCUUAUCUUGUAUAUCUGAUAAACAUAUCAAUGUACUCACUUAAAAGCUAAUCCAAGAGUCACCUUUCGUAAAAUGACAUCAAGCAAACAAAGGACUUUUGAUUUCACGUGCUAUAAAAGUCAACAAUCUUAGUCAAUCAAUCCGCCUGCUCUAGCUUGCAUUUGAUCAUACCUGAAACAUCAGGGUUGAGUGUAUGUCAUAUGAACCUGAAUGUCCAUGCAGUUACUUCAGCCCCCAGGAAAGUAUAGUUAGUUGAAAGCAAAGUGCACUGGACAGAUGUCCAUGAUUUGUGUGAGAAGCCCGCAUUUUACAUGAAGCAGUUCCCUGGGCAAUAAAUGCGCAUCCUGUAAAGAAUUGAUGAGGCUGACUGUGAUCAUCUUAACUGUUAUUUUUGUUGUGUAAUGAAGAAUGAUACAUUGAGCUUCAUGAACCUACAUGUGCUGCAGCUUCGGCGAUGUUAUUUCGCAAAAACAGGUACUUUGACGCCAACAUGUUUUUCGAAGCUAAUAUAUUUCUCAAUUCAGUUUGCAGUUUUCCGCUCGGUGCAAAUAAUUAUCAAUUAGGGAAUGAGUCCUUUUCUGCCUCCAGCUUUAACUUGGAAAGCAAGCCUUGGGCCGCGCGACUUAACCGCGUGGUUGGCAGUGGAGCCUGGUGUGCAGAAAAUAAUGCGAUAGGAGAAUAUCUCGAGAUCGAUCUUGUGCAAAAACUUCACGUGACUGGAAUAGCAACUCAGGGAGAGCACGCGCAAAGAGGAAACUGGGUUACAGAGUAUACAUUAUGGUACCGACAACAUGGUAACAGCCCUUUGGCUCCAUAUACAGCUAGUGAAACAACUAAGGUAUAGUGAAACACUAAAAAGCCAUUUUAGAAAUGUAGUUGGGGUAACUCUACCUUCAUUGCCUCAAUCACAGCGUCCAUACCUUUCCUAGAAGAUCCAAGAAAAAAGGCUAACUCUAUUUGCAUGUAUGUUAUUUGUUGACGACUUAACACUAGGUUUUCACUGGAAAUAGUGACCAGUUUACUGCGGUCAAACACAUGCUUGAAGAUCCCAAAAAGAUGAGAUUUCUCAGAUUUGUGGUGAUAUCCUGGCAUGGAGCAAUUUGCAUGAGAGUGGAAGUGCUCGGAUGUAAAGGUGGGGUGUUCUUCAUUUUAUUCUGUAAACUGAAUAGUGCGUUUCCACUCGAGUUCGUUAAGAAAGUGAGACUCCCGCGGAAACACUUGCUGCACAAGCUGAUACAAAAUAAAUUGACGUGUUCAUCGUGUAUUAAAAUCAUUUACUAAGGAAAUCACACUACGCCUGGAGUUGCUUUCAGAAUGAAGAGUGGAGGAAAAAUUAUGCUUUAAAAACGGUCGAGUAAACUCAAAGCUGAGGUUUUGUUAGAAAGUAUUUGCUGUUCAUGUUUUCAACGUGAAAAGAAACUCUUCUUUUAAUCAACUAUAUAAUGUACUAUCUAAUAGUCUCUUUUCUCUGCCAGCUAAAAGUCGAGGAGUUAUAUUUGAAAAAAUGUAUUUCGCUCUACUUGAGCAAAAAAGAAGAUAUUUUUUACUUAAAAGAAAUAAACAAAUAUACCUUAGCUUCGGCUUAUGAUAAAACACCUAUGAAGAAUGCUUUGUCGCUUCUUUAAUAGCAGAACUUGUGACUGUUUUCCCUAUCUACACAUUCAAUAUUUGCCUUGAAUUCCAUCAGUUUAUAUAAACUGAGAGCUUAUUUCGACUUUAGUUCUUUUGAAUAAGUAUAUUUCUUGUGGUUUCUUGAAAAGAGCAGCCUUGAGAGGACUUACGUUAUUGACAAAUUACGUUGUGGAAUCUUCAAUCAAAGCUAAAUCCCAUUCUGUAGGUUCUGGUUAAAGCGUUGAACACGAGAAAGCAUAGCUCAAAAAUGCGCAUUACACAAAGAAGAGCCCAAAUGUCAGGAAAACGUGUUCGUUUGACUCUUUCUAAAGUUACUUAACACUCUCAUUAACCUAAAACUACGAAUUACUUAUUACGCCUCUUUGUUUGUGUGUUUUUAUUAUUCUUUUCUUCCUUUUUACAUUUUGUUCAGCCACACCUGUAAAUGGAGGAUACACCGAAUGGUCAGUUUGGUCAGCGUGUAGUGUCUCGUGCGCAGGUGGUAUUCGACAUAGAGAGCGCAGCUGCACAAACCCCAAACCACAAAAUGGUGGGAAGAAUUGUUCUCUAUUUGGUAUCGAUAAAGAAGUGGAACCUUGUAACACAUAUCUCUGUCCAGGUGAGACUUCCUGCAGCCAAUGAUAGCUCAGUUGGUUAGAGCACCGAGCCGAUAGUCAGUCACGAUAGUCACGGGUACUACUCCCUGUGAAGUCAUUUUUUAAGACUCUAUUUUGCAAUUGUAUAAAACUGCGCUUAAACAAUAAGUUUCUCCUUUUUCCAUUUCAUUCCAUUUCAUUUCAUGUAAUUCAUGCAUGAUUUUCUUCGUAAACUUCAUUCCAUGACAUGAAACUUAGAGGUGAAAACAAGGAAACGUAAACGUUACAUUUAAAGUAGACAUCUACCAUCGGUCCCAGACCGUUACGGACAUUGGGAGAAACUGUCCAGAAGUAUGAAAAGACGUAAUCCACCUUCUCUAACACAUUUUUAUUGCAGCACUCAAAAUGAAGACCCCAUCUGUUGCCGAACGAAACACUUUGUUUGCUUUGACAAUAGACAAUUGCACUGGAAUUAAGAUGCAGCUGGAUUUUGGAGACUGUAACGUUAUAAACACUUCUCUUUGCUCCGUUGAACACAUUUAUAAUGUUACUGGAUUUUUAGAAUUAAUUCUUCAGCCAAAGAACCAUUCUAUCACCCGACACCUUAUUCUUGUUCAAGAUCCUGUCCAAGGCUUCCAAGUAAUCAAAAUGAGUAAGGCGAUUAUCCUAGGGAAUGAGUUGGUUCUUCACUGGAAGCUGGACUUUGGUACUCCUGUCUUUAUAACUCUCGAUUAUGGGGACAAUACAACAUAUAACGCAGCUUUUAGUGGAGUAUUGGGGACGAUGCAAGGAAACAAUUCUCACAUCUAUAAAUCAACGGGCAUAUAUUCCAUCAAAGCGUUGGCACGGAAUGAACUAAGUAACAUUACGGUUAUUGAGAGUGUCAGCGUGGAAAUUUCCGUGACUGUUUCUUGCCUCCUUGUACAGAAUCUCGGUCCUUUCGUCAAAAUCUAUCAGAAAGAUGUGCUUAACAUAACGGUACAAAUAGUUAACGGAUCUAAUGCAGAGUUUCUGUUCGUCAUGGGAGAUGGUUCCAAUGUCACGCAGUCAUCAACAGAAUUACUCUACCAAUAUGAUGAAAGUGGCGUGCGAAACAUUACUGUUGUCGCUUACAAUAAUGUUAGUUCGGUUCAAAUAAAAAGAACAAUCAACAUACAUAAGAUAAACCGUAUUAAAAAUUGUACUCUUCAUAUUUCACCAGUUAAUUUUUUUGAAAUGGCACUUAUGAGUUUAAAUGUCUCUGAGGGAUUUCCUUAUCAAUGUCUUUGGGAUUUUGGAGAUGGACGUUUUAAUCAAACCACCUCAUUCGACAACACGUCGUCCAUUUACCAUCUGUACGAAUUCGUUGGAGUCUUCAAUGUUGUUGUGAACUGUUCCAACAACUUGGGACAUGCAAUUCUAACAGCGCUAGUUGCCGUUCAAGAGCCAAUAAAGAAUGUAUCUUUUACGAAUGAUGGUCCUAAACCGAUUGACCGUUCAGUGACGUUCAAUGUCUUCUCUGAAAAUAAAGGGACAAAUUCUUGUUAUAUUCUUGAUCUUGGAGAUGGGACUGUGUUGGGGUAUGGUCACGAUCAUUGCAGUCAUGAGACCAUUCCAAUCCUUUUCCAUCAUUUCGAUGAGAAGGUUUUUCCCUUCCGUUACAACUACUCCUCAUUGGGUCGUUACAUUGUAAGAUUGAAAGCAUGGAACUUGGUCUCAGCCUACGACAUUCAUGACAUCGCGAUUGUUGUUAAGAUACCUUGCAAUUUGCCAACAAUAAAGGUGGCGGAGUUUGACAAAGACAAUUUUCGCCCUGUUUUCACGCCAUCACAGACACUUCGUUUUACUGUUUUUAUUAAAAUUGAUUGCCGAGCAACUGAUGAAAGGGAUAUAAAGUGGACUGCUUCGCUCUUUUCACCAGCCUCUAAGGAUAAACUUGGAUAUGACAUUGAUCUCAACUCGGAUAACAGAAAGCUCGAGGAAUUAACUAUAAAGGAAAGGACCUUAACCUAUGGUGUCUAUCUGAUAUCCUGCAAUGUCAGUAUGGUUGGGCAAAUGGGAGUGUAUAGUGUCCAGGAGGGAUUCGUUGAGGUAGUAGGUAAUCCUUUAAUUCCUUUAAUCGAUGGAGGAAGCCUCAUUGUAAGAGGCUUUGACAAACCUUGCACAUUUGACGGCUCAGGCUCUCAUGAUCCUGACGAAUUCCAGUCUAGUUUUUCAUACUUCUGGCUCUGCCAAAAUGCGUCCUUGGAGAUUCCAACAGAAAUAGCAUCAUUAAGUAGUGAAGCUUCUCUUUCAAGCGUUCCAAUUUUCAAUGAAAAACUGUUCUGCAGUGGGUCUGGAAGAGGAAUUUUGAUGAAAGGUGGAUCUUCCAUUGGAAUAAACACUGGUAAUCUUCAACCGUACUCUUCGUAUGCAGUCACGCUUUUUGUGGCCAAGACCGUGAACAGACAUUUUCGAGUCGCCAGUGUUACUCAAGUGGUAAAUAUUGUUGACGGAGACCCACCGGACAUCAAAAUUAGGUAGGGAGAGUGUUACGUUGACUAGAGACAGUUUUUUUUAAAGUUCAGUAUCAUUUACUACUGAGGGCCUAGAAAUAAUUAAUUGAAAAGAAAUAUCGUUUAAGACACAUUUUUCAUGAUUUGUUGGCCUCUGUACUCUCCUUAACAGUAUUGUCGGCUGAGAAAACAUGUUGUAAAGGGUAUGCACUAUGUAGCUCACAUUAACUCGGCUGGCGCUUCUUUAGCCUAUUAACGGCAAUUUGAUUGUAACUGUUGGUUCGAAAACUGGUUGGUUUUAGGAAAUGUUACUAUUAACGUAAUAUUAGAUUGCUUGUCACCCAACAACGACUUGUUCUUUGUAAUAGACAGAAACGUAGAGAAACUUAUUGGUUUUAUUUGAUUGCACGAUCACUUAUAGUGAGACAAGCUAAAUCUCUUUUGGGGGUAGGUGUAAGAGAAAUUGUGGCGCUUCAAUCAACCCAUCAGAGGGCGUUCUUUUGGAAGCCACCACAGAAUCAGAAGCGCUUACUAAUCUACAAUACCAUUGGCAUCUGUACGAGCGAGUCGACCACGCGAACACUUUUGAUUGGAAGGUGGUCAAAGUCACAGACUUAACAAAUAUGCAUCAGCUGCUCAUUCGAGAUCACACGCUUAACCCUGAUCGUUCUUACAAAGUAACUGUAAUAGGGCAGGUUCAUGGGAGAAACGAUGGCUACAGUGAAAAAUUCUUGACUGUCAACAUUCCUCCACGCUAUGGGAGAUGCAGCGUGGACAAAAGAAGUGGUUAUUCCUAUGAAACAGUCUUUAACAUUAUGUGUGAAGGGUGGGUUGAUGAAGACCUUCCACUUUCUUACGAGUUUCAGUAUCAGAACCGAUACGGAGUAGUUUUUCUGCUACACUAUGGGACAUCACCUGUUUUCUCUACCAGUCUUCCUGUUGGGGAUGCAGAAGCUAAUUUUACCCUGGAUUUUCGGGUUAAGAUUUGUGAUACGCAUGGAACAUACAACAUUACCAGUGUCGAUGUUCAGGUAAAGUGUGAAUCUUGAUGCAAGGGUUUGUGUAAGGCGAAAUAUAGUGUGUUUUCCUUUGUCUGUGCUUUGCGAAUCUGUUGAUAAUUUAUGACACAAAAUUUUUGGGACAACUUUCAAACCGACAUAAAUGAGCCAUUUGAAUCAUAUUUAUUUAAAGGUACAUUUAUAAAAAACUAUUACAAGAAUUAAGGUCAUCAAAUACUGUACGUGCUCUAGGAAUCUAUGUGUUAGGUAUCGUUAAUGAUUAUGGUUAAUGCUAUCUCCAGGUAGGCGUUUUUCAAAUCAUUUUACAUAGCAAGAGAAUUUCCCUAACAAUUCUUCCUGUGGACGUAUCUUUUUAUGUUUUAAAGACUCUACCCUAAUUCACGUAGCGUUCCCAAGGUUAAUUCUACCUUAAGAGCAGCAAAUGUACGUUUAUCAUGAUGAGUUUUUAGGUGGAUGUAAAGAAGGAAAAACGACAAGUAAUCUCUUAAUUUCUUUUUAGGUUCUCCUCAGUGAAGCACGACAAGAGGAAACAUUUUUAGAGUUGGAACAAUCUAUAACAGAUUCAUUGCCACACUUGUUUCUAAUAGGCAAGACACAAGAGGCCGUUCCUAAAGCCAAUGUAAUUGCCUCGGUUCUUAACUUUUAUGCCUUGCAGAACAGAUCGGCUGGAAUGCAGGAACGACAAAAGGUAAUAAUAUCUUUAAACUAUGUUCUUUGCCAUGUACUAGUAGUCAAAUGCCUGAGUUGGUGUGCCCAAAUGUCAAUUGCUCCAAUCAGCGCCCCUUUCAAAUAAGCGUCCCCUCGUUCGUGGAAUUGAUUUCCCCUUUCAAAUAAGCGUUCCCUUCAGAAUCACCACCCCCCUCUCAUCUCAAGAAAAUAAAACAAGGCAAGAGAAAUCAAGCAGUCAGCAACACGAACCUCAAUGAAGUCUGUCAGCCACUUGCAGAUUUUCCCAGGUUUUGUGGAUGUAAUUCUCGGCAGAAUACUAUUUUGCAAACGUCAAACCUUUUUUGACGAAUCAUGUUUUAUUGGUGUGAACGAGGCUAAGGUCCCUUUAAACCAAAAUAUUAUCAUUUUUAGUAUGUCUUCAUAUGUUUAUUUUAUUUUGGUAGAUGAGGACAGAACUUGGAAACAUCCUCGCUUCACAAGAAAUGUUAUCGUUAUUUGAUGUCAAACAGAUCGGAUCGGCCCUGGGAGAAGUCAGCGAAAUUGCAGACGAAGUUCCUGUAGACAUGCAGGUACUUGUGGCUUCUUUUCAGUUCAUACUUACGGUAGAAACCCGAUCGGUGUGUAGAAUGUUUUCACAUGACAUCACGGUGGCCAUGGUGGUGUUCCAAACCAAUCCUGUGGGAGUUGAACUCCUUUUUACGCAAACGCUUUUUUCUGGUCUAAUAAAUUUUUGGAGAUGCUGGCCAUGUGAGCGAAAUGCCCAAUAACUUAGAGCAACGACAACUUCUGUUAAUAAAAGAAGCCUUGAAUUUUUUCGUUUAAAGAUAGGUUACAGCAAAAUCUCCAAGAGGCAAAAAGAUCUCUAUAAAUGCUCGACACAAUCCAAACCUUUUCGUUAACUUAUGUACCCUUCUGCAUAUCUCUUCAGGAAAAAUACGUAAAAUCCUUCAAAGAAAUGGUAGGUGUUAUCAGGAAGGAAUCUCGUAAUGAAGCUUCACUUACCAGUGUAAUUAAUGAAACGGCAGUAAUAGCAACAAAGGGCCUGGUAAAUAUCAUCAGAGGAGCCAGUGACUCAGCUAGAGUGAAUGGAGCACGGGCUGCAAAGGAUAGCCAUUUACCUGGUAACGAGACCAAGGGAAAGGUAUAGUUAAGAAGACUUGCUAAUAGCAUGUUUUGCCUCAAUGUUGACUAUACCAUGAUACACAAGGGAGAAGACUCUCUUUCAAAAGUGGACAUAAUCAUACAAUGCUUGCAUGCACCCGCUCAAGUAGUAUAGUAGGCAUAUUUAGGUCCAUCCUUUGAAGUGGAAUCUCAUUUAAUCGAAUCGGAACAUAUCAACGUCUGUCAGGCCAUGGAUAAGACGCUGGGGCAUGUUAUCAAGAUGUGAUGACAGAUUGCGUAUAUCUUUAAUUUUGAUCAAAAACGUCAUGGUUUACAUCGUCUUGAAUGAAUGAUAACUUUAUUUAUACACGGUUUAAAAACAUCAGUCUAACAUAGAAAAUUAACUAAAAAUUCUCAAAAACUGUUUUACAUAUUUGCCGUGUGGGAGUACUGAUCAGAAAACCAUCUAUGGGAACUGCUCUUAAAGAAACCUAAGGAAUUUGAUGUACGUAUUUCCUCAGGAAGAUUGUUCCAUAGAAUAGCGCCACUGUAACUGAAGCUACGCUUCAGGUAAUCAGUUCUUGGUUUUGGGAGCAUUAACUUUUUCUUCGCGUUGCGAAAAUAGUAAUUCGAUGUUCUUGGGGAAAACAAAUUACAGAGAUAAGAUGGGGCGAGAUUAUUAAUGCACUUGUACAUUAAAUUAGCCUUUUGUUUAGCCCUUCUAUCCGAUAAACCAAGCCAGUUAAGAAGAAAUCUGGAACUAGUAUCAUAGCUAGAUUUGGUGAUAACUCUGAUAGCACGAUCUUGAAAUUUUUGAAUUUUCUCACUAAGCUGUUGGGUCAAGCCAUCCCACACAGCGCUGCAAUAAUCAAAGUGUGGCUCGAUAAGACCUUUGUACAUUUUAAUUGCAGUGUGCAUUGAAACAAAUGGCCUGACCCGCUUAAGAGCACCUAUACCAGAGGAUACUUUUUUAGAGAUUUCAUGAAUGCGGGCCCUCCACGGGAGAUUUUCAUCAAUGAAACCCUUAUAAAGCGUUCAUAUAGUUUUAUGAUGUCGCAUUCUUUUUUCAAAGUGUUGAUUGGCCUUCAUUCGUUAAGAUUAAUACGCUGAAAAUUAAGGGUGUUCCUGCGUACUUAUCGUGCUCUGUUUAACUAUGAAAUGGUUAGUUUAUAGUUUGUCGCUUUCAUCCUCUUUGUUAUUGAUCGCAAGGUUCCCUGUAUUGGAGUUGCACUCAAAGUGUAGGUCUGUUUAUUCGUAUAAUCUCGGUGUUAGAAUAUAACAACUGUUUUUGUCUUUAAAAGGAAGUAGUUAAGACUAAUAGAAAGGUAAUAUUUUGAGAGAAGUAUCAAAAACAGAACUUAGAAAGGGAUCCUUUUGUACGCCUUAGACACAGUGGUCCCUUUGUCAUGUAGCAGCCAGGUUCCACUCAUGAAGUUGGAUACCCAAUACAUGUGAGAUGGGACACUUUCUGACACUUUCUGUGACCCCUCUGCUCUUAAUGCAGCGUGCUCGCUAUGUUGUGGAACUUUUUUUUGGGUGGAAUCGCCUCUUAAGUAUCUAUCGUAAUCGUCAGCCUUUUUCAUCUGCUUUCCAACUUUGUUGUUGUUGAUUUUUUUUUUCAGGCCAGAAAGAUAGCAUUAGAGACCAUGGCAUUGCUGAAAAAUGUAACCGACACAAUGAGUACCCUGACUGUUGUGGGGGAAGAACCAGUUGUUGUGACUAGUCCACAUUUGUCAGUAGUUCUUCAAAAAGUGAAUUCUGUCAUUGAAGUAGAGCGUACCGUUAGCGAUGGAAAAGUAGCGGUGCACUUUCCCAACUUCACCGAAUUGCUUGGCGAAAAGCUGGUUGGCAGAGAUGUUGAUGUGCAGGUAAGAAAAUAUUGAUGCCAUUUGGUGUUAUUUGCUUUGUAAGUUGUUGACCGAGUAAGUCUAACAGCGAAAAAUUCAUUAAUAGUCACCCGUAAGAGCCUCCCCCUGCCAGUUAAAAUAGACCACACCUCUAGGCUCUAGGUCCUCUACUCUUUUCGAACGGUAAUGUGGCAUCUUUUUCGUUCCCUUCGAAGUGAUGAGUUAUGCGUCAUCUGAACUUAAACCUGGUCUAAAAUCUCGAUCAACGUAUUCCUACCAGGUUUUUAAAGAUCCUGGUUGAUGGCCUGGCCACGAUGUGAACCCGAAAACAUCCCGCUCAGCAACAACAGAGCACUCUUCUAACUGAGCUAAGGAGUUGUUGUUUCAUAAAGCGAAGAUGAUUACUUCAAAACGCUGCUGUCAUGCGCGACAGCAAAAGGACAUUUGUUCGCAUCGAAUUCCAUUUUCGUAUAGCUUUUAUUAUUGAAUGGCGCGCAAGAAAAUUGUAUUUCAGAAAGAAAAAGUGCAAUCGUUUUUGAGGUGCUAUCGAUUGUUUCGUGAAACCAAUGACAGCUGUUGUUGCAAAACUGUGCCCUCGUACCUCACUACCAUCUGUCGGGAGAGAUGCAUUUCAUUGUAAAAUCAAUGUUAUUCCACUCUUUCACUAACUAAUGGUAUGUUCCCUUUAUUUGCCAGGUACUUGUUUUCUUUGAAAAUCCAUUUACUUGGCAUAAGACAGCGAUGAAUGUCUCUUCACACGUCUUGUCCGUUGUGCUUAAAGACGAAAAUCAUGAUGCAUUGAAUGUGUCUUCUCUUCGAAAUGAUAUUAACCUAUUCAUUACUCGCGAUGUUACAAAGUUACCGAAACCUACUGACAAUUUUGUAAAGGGAGAAAAUGGUAGCAUGCGUUACCACAAAUUUGACGUGAAAAAUGUUGGAGAACCAAUGAGCUUUCAGAUUAUUCCUGACUUGAAUAAGAACACAUUGUUUGAGAUUCAUUGGCGCCAGGGGGAAAGGCCCAAAAUAGGGGGCGAUAGCUUUGUUACAGUUUUACCCGACUUUUCCUCCUGUGAGAGCCCUGAAAAUAGCAAAGAGCACUGUGAAUACGACCCAUACACUGUCUUUAUUGAUUCAUAUAUGAUACCUGUUCCUGGUGAAUAUUACAUGGGCAUUGCCAGCUACACGGUGUCAAAGGAGGUUGUCAACGGUUUGCAUUCACGAGAGAGAAGAUCUUGCAGGGAAGGCAGCCGCGUUAAACGUUCUUGUAUAGAGUUCAAGGAUCCUCCACCUCAGCCUUCUCCGACACCCCAAGGAAAGGGCGAAUACAAAACUCAAAUACCCGUGUACAAUGCUGAAAAAGACAUCAACUACACCGUGAAUAGUUUUUCCUCCCCGUGCAUGUACUGGAGCGAAAAAGACGAGAAAUGGACAUCCCAAGGCUGCAAGGUAAGAUGCCUGUAUUUUCACUAGCAAAAUUGCGUACCCUUUAGGGGCUACUGGUAAGUUCCUAUUUCAGUGGUUUAUGGUAACCAAGAGACAUUUCUCUACACUUUCCACCACUGACAAAUGGGUACGGAGCACAUAAUUAAUGUUGGGGUAACUCAGGCAAAACUUCAAGCGAGAAAAGAAAUGCGACUCCGUGGCCGUGUAGGGUGUCACUAUAUUCUACCUGAACUUUUUUGGCGUAAUUUCAUCAACCAAUUGAUAGCAUUUUCAUUUAACAACUUGAAAUCACCAUUAUUUUGAGCCUGUAAGAAUUUUUUCAUUUUUUUUAUCAGCGAAGUUGUGCGUGAGAUUUGUCAAAAACUUGUCUUGUUCUCUUGGUGGAUAAGUGUUUAUGUUAUGGGUACAGUAUAAAAUACGCCUCCCUAGGUUGAAUACUGUAUUAACCUGAGAACGUAUUUUUGCCUGAUUGCUUUGGAUAUCGCCACAAAUCGCACAAACGUCUCCCUUGGAACUUUACACGUGUAUUUACGUACCCGUAAACACAGACCGGAAUUCAAAGUACCUUUUCCUGACAGGAGUCUGUAGCAUCCCUUCUGAGACAAACUGAUACGACCACAAGUUCCAAAAGAAAAAUGCACUUCGCCAAAAUAUUGUUUAACAACACAAAGUGUUAAUCUAAUCCUAGGUUGGAAAUAAAACCCGCGUUGAUCGAGUGCACUGCCUUUGUAACCACCUGACGUCUUUUGGUGGAGGAUUUGUUGUCGCUCCGAAUCCAAUCGACUUUGAUAAGGUGUUUGAGGGCUUCAAAAAUUUAUCCGACAACAUAUCUGUUUUUGCUACCAUCAUAACCGCAUUCGCCAUCUACAUUUUGAUGGCGGUAUGGUUAAGGCGAAAGGACAAGAAGGACGAAACUAUGGUGAGUAGAACUGAGAUUUCGCCUCAUCUUCUCAGGGGUUUUUUGGGUUGCGAAAAUAUACAUAUUUAUUCGCAGGAAGUAGUUUUGAAAGGUUUCCACUGCUCGUUUUUUCUAAUUGUCAAUUUGAAUCAGAUACUUGCCAUUUGCCUUGAACGUAAUUAUUACUCUUUCUAAUGAAAAAUUUGAAAUGCAAGAUCAGUAAAAAGCUUCAGAGCCGCAAGAAAGGAGUUGGGGUUAAUCAGAGGAUUUUUCCCGUCCUAGUGAAUAGCGACCCUGUGUAUCGUUUACUUUACAUAUAGAAGUUGCUAUCUGUGCUUUGAAAAUUUGACCUGUACUGAUGGAAGUUUCCUUAAUAUUAUUAUAUUGUGAUAUUACAAACAAAUUUAGCAAUAGCGAUUUUGUGUCGAUCCGUUUUACGCUCGGGCCAUAAGAUGUGGAUUGCAAAUUUUGGUCUUCUGAGUGAGCAAGACAAGCGAGGAGUAUGUACAUUAAGUAAUUAAUUCACUUUUUUGCUUUUGUGUCUUUUUUUUGUUUUUGAUUUUCAGCAAAUACCAACGACUAUUGAUUCGAAAGGGGGAGGAAGUCAACACAGCUACGAAGUGACAAUCCAAACUGGUCCAUGGCGUGGUUCAGGGACAACUGCAAACGUAUUCUUAAUUAUGGUUGGAGAUGAUGGAGAAAGUUUUCCGAUCGCUCUUCAAGAUAACAGAAAAACUCUUUUCACCCGGGGAUCUACAAACGAAUUUCUGAUUAAAGUACCUCAAAGACUGGGUAAAUUGCUGUACCUUAAAGUGUGGCAUGACUUGUCAGGUAUGAACUCGUCUUGGUAUCUCAGUUACGUCAUUAUACGGGACAUAGAGACAGAAGAACAGCACAUUUUUGCCUGCGACCGCUGGUUGGCCCUUGAAAAGGGCGACGGUUUCGUCAGUCGGGUCCUAGAAGUAAGUGAUAAAAAGAAACUCACGAGUUUUGGCAUUCUAUUUCGGACAAAGACAUCCAAGGACAUUUUUGAUGGCCACUUGUGGUUUUCAGUCGUUGGAAAACCCUCCAAGAGUACAUUUACUCGCGUUCAAAGAUUGACAUGUUGCAUGUCACUUCUGUUCAGCGCCAUGAUUACAAACGCGAUGUUCUACAACAUCGGCAACGAGCCGGAUGAUUCGAACGUUACCCUCGGGCCUUUGGUUUUCAGUCUCAAGCAAAUAAUCAUUGGAAUUCAGAGCAGUUUAAUUGCACUUCCACCGAACAUUAUUAUUUUGCAGAUUUUUAGAAAUUUGAAACCAAGAGCAACAGUGUCCUCAAAAUACGCACGAUCUUGUUCCCCCGCUAAAAAUGCGAUUGGUGACAGCGAUUUCUUGCCAGUAAAAGAUGAUGUGGCCAAAACGUCCGGCGAAAAAGGGAGCAGUCCAUGUCUACCUUACUGGUUUAUAUAUAUUGCCUAUUCUAUAUGCUUUCUUACAACACUGACUGCAGCGACGUUCACCUUGUUUUACAGCAUGGCAUGGGGAAAGGAAAUUUCUAACCAGUGGCUCUCUUCCAUGUUAAUUUCUUUCUUCCAAGACGCGUUCGUCACGCAGCCUUUGAAAAUUUUUUCAGCAGCUGUGAUAAUAUCUUUAAUUCUAAAGAAACUGCCUAGUGAUUUUACUGAAAAGAAAAAGUCGUGUCUGAAAUCAAGUAGCACAGAACAUGAUUCAGAGGCAUUUAAACCCGACGAAGGCACAAAACGAGUAGAUGGAAUGUCUGAACCACCACACCAUUCUCUUAUUGAAAAAGCAAGAAAAUAUAAACUGAAGGAAAGGACAGCUUUUGCCAUUUUGAAAGAAAGCCUUUUUCACCUAUUAUUCCUAUUUUCAUUGUUAAUGAUAAGCUAUUCUGCGCGAGAUCCUGAUGCGUUCACUCAGAGUAACUUGCUGAGAAAUGUCUUUGGCACUCAGGUAAGGGUUUUCCCGUUUAUUGUAGCAAACGUUUAAUCGACAGAAUUUUCAACCGUUCUAUCGACUUGUUUUGAAAAGCUAGCAUUGUUUAACGUUGUAAUUAAAUUGCCAUUAUGCAUCGUGACAUUCCUUACGUGCUCUCUUGGGGCCUUUAUCACGUCAUCGUCAUAGAAUCACAGUUGGUUCAUGGUAGUUUCGAAAACGAAGCAUUCGAAAACGAAGACCGAAGCACGGAGCACCCAAAUCUCGAAAACGAAGCACCCAAAAAUCGAAAACGAAGCACCCAAAACUCGAAACCUGUCUUUCCUUUUAAAACACGAGAUAGUCCCCUGUCAAGUAAUCAUCAGCAGAAAUCAAGCCCGAUAACUAAUAGAAUGCAGUUCAAAACUAUUCAAGUAGAACUACGAGGUGUUGCAAAUGCAUUUCCGUCUCCCUAACUGUUGGCCAUUUCGUGAUUUCUGUGAUAUUCCUGAAAAUGGGCAAACAUAGUGAUUUUCGAAUUUGGAUUGGUGGACCUUUGGAGGUGCGGACGCAUCCAUUGCCUCCACCUGGUUUGGCUUGCGUCAUGCAAGACUUAAAGUUGUUGUCCUUCAACGUACAGUGGUUUCGAGAUUUGGGUGCUUCGUUUUCGAGUUUUCGGUGCUUCGUUUUCGAAAUUUUGGUGCUUCGUUUUCGAGAUUUGGGUGCUUCGUUUUCGAGAUUUGGAUGCUCCGUACUUUGGUCUUCGUUUCCGAGUGCUUCGUUUUCGAAACUAACGUUAGUUCAUGCCCGAAAACGCAAGAUCAUUAAGAAAGCAUUCACAAUACCAUACCAAAAAUAUAGGAUACACACAAAAAAAAAACAUCAAAAGAGAUAAGAUAACCUUAUGUUGGUCGUUUAAUAUGUCAUGCUCUUUUCAGGCAAACGACAUUAAGAACCUUUGGUCUUUUGUGGAUGAUGUUUUGCUUCCAUUUGUUUUUACCAAAAAGUGGUAUAAUGGAGAUAAAGACCAACUGGAAGGCUUCACCGAUGAGAAAGCUUUAUACAUCAUGGGCAUGCCACGUCUACGACAACUCAGAAACAAACCGGGUACGUCGUUUUGGAAGUCUGACAUAGCAAGAAUCUGAAUGUUUUUGCUCUAUUUAAACUGCUCUAUAGACCUAUUCGGCUAACGCAAUGUUGUACCCAAUUCAGAUCUCUCGGGGUUAAGAUUCUUUAUGCACUGUAUUUGCAUUAUAAGGCGGCAUUCACACUUAAAUGGUAUGGAAAUUCCUGAAACAAGACGUUUUAUUCCCAAAGGGUUUGAAUUGGGUACAACAUUGAGUUAGCCGAAUUGGUCUAUUCGGUUAGCCUUCCUACCGCCCUCGGGGAAGUUUUAGAUCAGAUGGCCAGCGGGGUCAAGGGGCAUUUAUUUUGCGCUGGAAAUACUAUCUGAUGAAUGAAAUGAACUGGGAUGGGAAAUGUUUCCCUUGCUUUUUGCACGAGAUAAAAGUUUGUUUGCUGCGUUGAUGCAACUUACCGUUGAACGUCUCAAUUAAACUCCUAACUAAUUAGAGGACACUUGACCGAGUGAAGAUUCGGCUGUUGGCACAUUAUAUUACGGAGAAAAAAAAAAUCUUUAACACCAACAAUUUGUUGAAAGUUACGAAAGCUAUCCUGCAUCCCUUCAUCAGUGAUGACGUUUGCUGUCAUUCGCAGUGUAAGCCUACUAUCUCACAUCUGCUGUGUCCGAACACGCUAAGGACGCUGGCCACUCCAUCGACUAGGCUAGUUUAAAAGUUAUUGGCCACGAGACCACCUGCUUUCACUCAAGGUGCGCGAGGCCAUAAACAUUCAUACUUUUUUUCUGCAGAGAACACUUGUUAUGGACACCCACUGGGAAAAAUCAUCUACUAUCUCCACUUGCCAUUCACCUACUGAUCUGCAAGCCUAGACUGGUGCGAGAUCAUUCUCGUCGAGAGUGAAUAGUUAAAAUUAUAGGUCCAUGCCGAGUCUCCCACACCCAUGUUUACCCGUACUUUGGCUGCGACGUUUUAUAAAUAUGCCUUUCGUAGAAGGUGGUUCAACAAAAACGUUAGAUUUUGUGCGAAAAAGUCCAUAUAAUUUUUUUCAUUUCCAGGCGUUUGCAAAGGCGAUUACUCCCAAGAUUUCAACAUGAGCUGUGAAGGAUCCUACUCCAUGCUUACCGAGGAAAAGAGCUUCUUCUUGCCUGGAUGGGUACAAAAAGCAGACCUAGAGUAUUCCACAUGUCCUGUUCCAUGGCGAUACCAAACCGCUAUGCAGUUGAAUGGAAUGCCUAUCUGGGGAAGCAAAGCAGUUUACAGUGGCGGAGGAUUUACAGCCGACUUAGGUUACUUCAUGGAGCAAGCUAAGAACGUGAUUAGCGAUUUAAAAUUUUUUAACUGGAUUGACAAGUACACCCGUGCAGUUUUAGUCGAGCUGACUGUGUUUUGCGCACCGGCAAACCUUUUCAGUAGUGUGACCUAUCUGGUAGAGUUCACUGGAACUGGAGCAGCAACAACAUAUUUGAGAGUUGAUACGUUUCGCUUGCACCAGCACGUUGGACCACUCAGCGCACUUGUGGGGAUGUGCGAGUUUAUUGUUAUAGUCAUGGUGUCUAUAGGGUUCUAUGUGACUUGCAAAAAAAUUUUCAAGCAAGGAAAAGUGUUCUUCAAAAAUUGUUGGAAUGUCCUGGAUGUUGCCCAGCUUGUGUUGUCUUUCACUGCCGUCGGCUUGUAUAUCGCUCGUAUUGGUAACACAAAAUGGACAUUAAACAAAGUGCAAGAAAAUCCAUUUAUCUUUAUUAGUUUUCACUAUGCCAUAAAAGGGGACGAACUUAACACCUAUAUCUUGGGUUCCAUUGUUUUCAUAGCUACGCUGAAAUUCCUUCAACUUUUGAGUUUUAACCGGCAUAUUGCAGUACUUGGGCACACAGUUGUGCAAGCAGGAAAAGAUCUGCUGCCAUUGAGCAUGGAAGCAUUGAUCGUAUUUUUAGCGUUUAACAUCUUUGCGUACGUCGUCUUUGGUAACAAGGUGGAAGGGAUGGCUGAUUUCUUGACUACGUUUGAAACAUCUCUUGCUAUGACGCUAGGAAAGGCAUAUUUUGUGGAUCUUAGCCACGCAGAUAGACUUUUAGGGCCGCUGUUCUUCACCCUGUUUGUACUCGCAAUGCAGUUUUUUUUGCUCAACAUGUUUAUGGCAGUAAUCAUGGACACUUACAGUGACGUUAACUCAGAAAUCGAUGAAAAUUCGGACGAGUUUGAACUGACAGGACUCUUGCUUCGUUAUCUAAAAUCUCUUUUCGGUAGUGGAUCGGAGUUUCAAGCAGGCGAUGAAAUUUGGAGGAAAACAAAGGAAAACAAGAAAUCUCCUAGAGAAAGGAGUAUCAAAGAAAGUUGCGAUCUUCUAAAGGAACAACGUAAACUGCUUAGCCAAAAGAUCAAGUCUUUGUGCAAGUUGGAAGCAGAAGUUGGUCAAAACGAGCUAGAUUUUGCUGAAAUUUGGACCACCCAAUAUACUACAAGUGAAACGGGACCAGACGAGGAGUUCAGGGAGUUCUUGUCUGCUUACCUUUGUCAUACGGUAUCUUUUGACCAUUCUGUUAAGGAUGACUAUGCAUAG